AUGGAUUAUGGAUUGACAAGGAGCACACAUCUUACUACACUUUUGGCAUUCUUGUAUAUCGCCCCGGCAUUGAUAUAUGGUAAGCAAAGCCAAGUCAUCUUUUCUCUGCCAAAGCUACACAAUAGCUGAUAUAAUCUGUUUCAAACAAUGUAGCAUUGAUUUGAAUAGAAAGAGGUCUAGAUGCCAGAAUGAACUUGUGAAGGAUUUGGUAGAGGCAAACUCAGUGAAGAACUUAGCGUGAUAUGAUCAGGCACAAAAAAAAAAGUAAUUAAUAUCAACAUUGCAACAUUAAAUGCCCAAAAAAGAGUAGUCAUUUGCUGUAUAUUUUGUUACAAACAAGUUUUAAUAUAGUUUUAAUAAAUAUAUAUAUAUAUAUAUAUAUAUAUAUAUAAAAUAUAAUAAAUGUAUUCUAUCUUUUUGUACCUUAAAUCGUGCAUAUAUAUUUUACUAACACCUUGGUGUGGCCAUAUACCUUUAGAAUGAUAUUAGUUUUAUAGGUAACAGACAUAUUUCUGAUGAUGCCCACCACUUUGUUGAUAUUGUUUACCAAAUUCAUUCUAUUGGAAAACCAUCUCGUCUUCUGUUCUUUGGAUGCAGAGAAAGUCCCUCAACAGGAUGUGUUGGGAUUACAUUGACAAGAUUUUGUAUUCUUUAUACAUUUUAUAAAAGCUCUACUUUCUAGAUGAUACUUAUGUGGGUUUGUUUGCUGUAACAAAUUGCACUACACAGAGCUGCUCACUGUCACCACAGCUUUUAAUAUUAUCAACGGAACCUAUGGCAGUGGUUAUUCCCCAUUAUAAGGCUAUCCAAUGAAUACCUGUAAAUGGGAAGGAAUAUACUAUAUGACUAUUUGCAGAUCAUAUCAUUUCAGCUAUUUCCAACACUCAUGUUUUGUUGGCCAUUUUCCAUUUUAUAUUAAUUUAUUUAAUAAUGUAUUUAAAAACAGAGGAUUUACAAAAAAUAUAUGUAUUUUCCAUAUGAAGGUAAUUUGAAAUCUAUUAAUUUAUUACAGAUUCAGAUAUCUAAUAAAACAUCAAAUAAAACAUAUUAUUUUAAUAUAAGCCUUUAUAAAAGUGGAAAUAUCUCAAAAGCAAAUUGAAACAAUGGCCAAAGUUUGACUGUGUGUGAUUGUGGCAGGGUGACUGUGACAGAGUAAAUGUGACUGGGUGACUGUGCGUGAGGAGUGAGUGUGGGGCUGAGUGUGACAGGGUGACUUUAUAUGUAGGGGGUAAGUGUGAAGUGUAACAUGGUGAUUGAGUGUGGGGUUAGUGUGGGGGAUUGAGUGUAACAGAGUGACUGUGUGAUGAGACAGGGUGAGUUGGGGGUAGACUGUGUGUGGUGAGUCUGAAUUUCUAUGUCCAGCCAACCCACACACUAUAGCUCGUUGUUUUAUUUAUAUAUGUAUUUAAUUCUAUGGUUCCCCUGAGAGCUGCUCCCAGCCAUAGGUGCAUCUUGCCCUUACAGUGAGCACAGGGCCAUGUAGGGAUUUCUCUAAAUCUCUGCACCUCUGCACACUUUCUAGUUCAUUGAUGCACUUCUUUAAAACAGGUGCUCAUAGUAGCUCUGCAUAUUUAAGGUGGAGUCUUAACACUGAUAAAUAGAGAAAAAUAUAUUUUCAAAUAUAUAUACAACGUCAUUUGCGUUAAUACUCCUUUUUACCCAUGAUAAUACCUUACUGGCCUUAACAACUGCUCUCAAACAUUGCACAUUGUUGACUUGCCUGUUCUGUUUUCUAUAACUAUUCCCUACCAUAAGUCUCAUGUAUUCAUUUCCCUAACUCUGACAUUUAAGGUAUACAUUGUUUGUUUAUUCUUCACCUCAAAUGUAUAACCGUGAUAUUUUAUCUAUAUUAAAUCUUAUCAGAAGUGACACAAUAUCCAUCUCCGACUGUAUUACCUUACCUAGGCUUUGAUUUAAUACUGCUGAAUGAGCUUUCCAAAUAUUUAAAAUUUGUGGAUACAUUUUUCUCAAUUGUGACCUUUAGCUGUUUAGUAUAUAGCUCCCUAAAUUUGUAUCUUUACAUAAGAAUGCCAUAAAUACAAGCACCAAAUUACUAAGAAACUUUAAAAAAAGCUCAUUUAAGUAAAAGUGCUUUUUGUAUUUUUUCUCUUCCAGCUGUUUACUACAUAGUUUACUAAUUUAGUAUCCUAUCCUUAAGCGGGAUUGCCAUAAUUAAGUGUGCUAACAUUUACAGAAAUGCUUUGUUCACUUGAUAGCUACCUAAUUACAUAGCCUUACAACGGCAAUCCCAUAUCUAAGGUUACCAAAUUAGGGAGCUAUCUACUAUACAACUGCAAGACUUGCACCUACAUGCUGUAUACAUGCAGCAUAUAUAUCCCAUGUACAUGCAUUGCAUACAUUGUAUAUACUUGCAGCACAUAUACUCUGUAUACAUGCCAUCAUUAUGAAAUUAAAUAGAUCCAAAAAAAUGUAUUUCAAUUAAUUCCAGUUUUGUUUGAUCUCAGAUUGGUUAAGUUUGUAUGCUUCAGAAUUGCAGAAUUUGUCUGAAAUGCGAUUUUGGAAUGAAACAAUUUUCACAUGUCUAUGAACCAGGGCAAAAAUGAGCAAAAGGUGUGGAGCAUGUUGCUCCUGUGAGCUCACAGUAUAACAGAUAAAACAUGAUCCAGGCCAAAAUAAGUCAAUUCUAACGUGUACCUACCACCAGCUUGGUUUUUGUGUUACAGUAUGUUUGUUUGUUUGUUUUUUUUAGGACAGUCAUUUGUUUCCCAAAAUGAAAAUGUCGUAGAACUGAAAUCGGAUGGUGUAGUGAAGCGAUCCGUGGAACUCCAAUGUGCUGAUUGUGAUACAAUCUCUGGCUCCUUAUUUAUAUGGAAUUUCAUAAAGUUUGGAACAGAUAAACCAAUUCCAAUUGCCAGGAAUGAAGUAGCACACAAAGAGACCUCUUUUCUGGGUGAUGUCAGUCUUAUAUAUAGCACCCUGGUCAUAAACAAUCUACAGUUAGAAGCUGAAGGACGGUACAUGUGCCAAUGCUUCUUCAGGAAUGGCGUCUUUACCACGGUUUAUAUUGACCUGUCUAUUCUAGGUGAUUAUCCAUUCAAACAUUUUCUCUAAUUCUGGUUACUUUUGGUUUGUCCAUGAAACUAUUAAUGAACUAUUAACAGUCCAGUUGUUACUAGAUCUAAACAUCAUGCAUGUUAAUUCCCUCAGGCACUUGUUUUCUAUUACAAAAAGAUAAGUCCUGCGCUCACUCCCAUCACUACUGGGCCGACAGCAAUGGCUACAGUACACAUCAGCCCCAAUAUAUAGUAAAAACCAAAGAAAAGAAAAAGUUACCUGCGCUCUCUCCUUAAUCCCUAUGUAUAUUUAAACAAAUGGAGGUCAUUUAGUUGCUCCAAUGGCCAUAGGAGGUAAUGCCCGCUUGCCAACGUCAAGGCAGACCCCCCUAAGCGGGUCCUAACACUGACCCUUUACCUUGCUUCCAUGAGCUUUUGGCAAAAAUAUCUCUAAUGAGACUGAGAGGGGUAUUUUUUAUAUACACCCCUAUAUACUUAUUAACCCUUAAUAGGGAACACAUGGGAUGGGCGGCUGCAUUGUAACAAGGCUGUGUGACACAAAGUAAAUACAAAUACAAAAAGACAAGUCCUGCGCUCACUCCCAUCACUACUGGGCCGGCAGCAAUGACUACAGUACACUUGUUUUUUAUUAGCUUUAUUUUUGACAAAUUGUACAAUAGAAAUGUGGUAUUACAAAUAUCUUAUAUACCCCAAAACAUGCCAAAUCAGGGCCAUACAUUUUACAGUAUGAUGAGUAUUGUUAGAAUGUUUUUAAAUCUGCAGAUAGAGACACUAUUGCAUAUCAUAACCGUGGAAAGGUAAACUAUGCCAUUCUAGGGAGAAACAACUAAUUCACAGAAAAAUCAGAAAUCCCCUAAAAUAGCUCAGUAUUUGAGAUUAUAAAAGAAAAGCCAUAAACUACCAGUCAGUAAAGUUUCUUAAGUGUCUUAAGAGACCACACUAAGCACUUUGCAAACAACCACUGAGAAACACUGAGACAACAUUGCAUCCAAGUGUUGGUGUUCAACUAAAUGACUAAAGCAGAGUGGCAGUGCAGUCUAUAGGAGAAUCCCCCCCUAAUCAAUUCCCUCCAGCAAUAAUGGGACUAAAACAAUAAAUAUAAAUCAAGAGCGGAACUCCUCCAUUACAAGAGGUUCUUAGGUUUCCAACAUGGUCCAGUGGUGUUCGUCUUCUGUAAGUCAAAGUAAAGUCUGCCAUUGUGUACAUAAAAAGUCUGUUAGUUGUGAGUCCACAAUCUGGUAGUUUGGGCACCCAAGAUGGAUUUGUACAGGUGGUAUCCAUAGGGUGCACUGGUCAGUGGGCACAAUGUCUAGGUGACAGGUGGGAGGAGGGUGCGAAGAGUCCCCUUGGUCAUUCCUUGUAGUGUGGCCUCAUGGACUGUGGUGAAGGACCUUGUUUAUCCUCUUCCUGGUCUGACAGGAAGCUGUUCGGAGAAAUGAGCUGCAAGUCGCUCAUGUAAAAUGUUUAACUGGCAAUCCCUUGUUUUUUUUACUUUUCAAUAUUAUAUGCUAUUUUUAACCUCCAUCUAAUCACUGUUUAUUUAUACUUUAUAAAAGCAACUUAGUAUCAUUACAUCAAAUUGCAUAUAGCCCAGGAUUUGAUCCUGAUGAAAGUCCUGAUAUGGACUGAAACAUCGAUUUUAUGUAACCUGAGAGAUUAAUAAAGACACAUUUUCCUUAUUAAGAAGUCCACUGUGUGCCUUUCUUCGUAGAUAUAUAUAUUACACAAGACCCAGCGCACUCACCUAUCCACUAAACAGCAACUUCAAUGUUGACAGAUUUUAUUCGUUUUUUUUUUAUUUAAAAAAAACCACCUAAUCUAGGCAAAAAUAAUGUGGGUUUAGUUACAUUAUAUGAUCAUACAUUGCAUAAGCCUGUCACAACAUCAAAUACAUGCAAUUUGAUGUAAUGAUACUAACUUUCAAUCUUUAGUCUGCUUUUAAUUAUUUCGAAAACUUUAGGAUUAGGGAAAAUAAAACCCACUGCUUAGUAGGUAAUUAUUUUUAGUUAGAGUAAAUGUAUACAUGAUCAGUAUUGAUGCUAAUUUUCUUGAGACGCAGAUAAGGUCCGGAACAGCAAUGUUUUAUUCUUCUGCCAUUAACUGCAGUCUUUAAUUGAAUGUUCUUUCCUUUCAGUACCUGUCACAAAACCCACUUUACUAAUUAAUAACUCCAUACCAGUAGAAGGAGCACCAGUUAUGCUAAAUUGCUCGGUGGAGAAUGGCACUGGACCUAUCCUAUAUACCUGGCAACGUUACACCAUUCAAGAGGGCUUAUUUGCAGUUCCCGAGAGUACCGAGAAUGUGCUUAUUUUGCCGGCAGCUAACAGAAUUCACAUAGGAUGGUAUUCGUGUACUGUGAGAAAUGUAGUGAAUGAAGUGACCAGUGGGCGCUCAUACCUUGAUGUCAGAUGUAAGUCCAUGAUGUCGUAUUAAUUUUAAUCUGUUUCACAAGGAACUGGUUCAAUUAAUUUUUAUUGUCCAUUCUUUGGUCCCUGUCCUUCCUCCUGGUGUUAGCAGGUCCAGGUUCAGCAUUCAGUAAUUUAAUAAAGAAAGAGGAAAAAUGUUUAUCUUACAUAGUUACAUAGUUACAUAGCUGAAAAGAGACUUGCGUUCAUCAAGCUCAGCAAGUAACCAAUCUGACAAGGUAUGAAAUACAAUAUAUAUCGGAAUAGAUGAUACACAAUACAUGCCAAGAUAGAUGAUACACAAUAUAUAAUGGAGUCCACUCGAGAAAAUACAUAACUCAACAAUCUUAAUCUACAACAUGAUGGACAGGUGGACCUCCAGAGAUAGGAUUUUCACUCUUGUAAAUAGACAUGUGCAUUCAUUUUUGGAGGGAUGGCACAAUGAACGGAAAUUUAGUUUUUGUUAAUUUCAUCCUUAAGCAAAUAAGCAAUCAAAUUAAUAGGUUACUGAAUGCAUUUUGUUCAAUGCCAUUAAUUCAUUAGCUUAUUUUAUACUAUAGAUAUAUAUGUAUACUAUAUUACAGUGCAACAACUAUUUCUUGUGAGCAUGUCUUCGCCAACCUUUCUCGAACCAUUGUUCUCUGUAGGAGUCAGUAGGGAAUAUAUAGUUCACUUGCAAAAAAAAUAGUUGCUUAAAUUCUCUCACCACCUCUUAAAGUGGUAAAAAUAUUGGCCGCAUGAACACCAAUGUUUUGAAUAGGAAGAAGAAAAACACGAAUAAAACAUAUGAAAGCGUAGAUGUCAAAGUUGUUGUUGAAAUACCUUGUUGUGAGGAUGUAUUCAUUAAUCUGUGUAUUUGGGAGAUAAGAAAUCUUGUUUAAAGACACAGGAGAUGGCUAAAGUGCUUUUUUGAUGUUAAUGCAUUUCGCUGCUAGUUUAUUUUAAAAAGUUCUGUUUUGACAAGAAAUGUAAAACUUUAUAAAUCUCUUAGUAAACACUGUAACAUUGUCCCUGUUAAGCAGACAUUUUGGAGACUUUUCUGCCUCACUUGAUUUGCAUUGUAUUGCAUUGGUCUCAAUGUAUCUCUAUUCUUGGUAUGAUCCAAUGCUUUCUAUGAAAAGUAUUUGAUUGAACACAAGUUAUCGGUAAUGUUGACCUCACUGGAGGCGGAUGAGAGCUGCCGUUGAGUUAUUAUUUCUUUAGUUGCACCUGUUAUGUAUACAUUAUUGUAAGCAUGAUACUGAAAAAAUGUUUUCAUUGUUUUCCCAUAUUUUUUGUUAUUUUAUUACUUUUUUAUGCUAUGUAUCAAAAAAUAUGUAUCCUUUACUAAAUCGUAAAUAACAGGUGUGAAACAAUUAAAAAGUAAGAGUAAAGUUAUUGUUGAAUAAACACAUGGCACAAAUACUAGCUUUUUUUGGUUCUGAAGUUGGAAUCUUGGUCUGUAAAUAAAGGGUUUUUAACCCUUUAUUCACCAACUGGGGUGGUGGCAGAGGGAGAUUUUGUGCCAGUAUUACAACUUUGUAAAGGAAAACUAAGGGCCUCUUUGAGCCUAAGUAAAAUGGUUAUUUAGGUUUUGGGAGGGGCUAAAUGUAGGUUAAAGGAAAGGGGUUGUUUAGGGCAUGUGGAGUUUGAAUGCUUAUUUGUAUAGUAUUCCGUCUCCUAUGAUUGUAAACAGAGAUGCAGGAGCUGUUUUACAGUGUACAUCACUCAGAGCUUCCCCUGCACCAUCUGCAAGGCAUGUCCUGUGUGAGAGGCAGCUAAUGGGAAGAUGGGAAGUGAUCCCUUCCACUUCUGUCCAGCCUCAGACACAGACACUCAAGGAUCUGGGACAGCACUGAGCUUUACACCCUCUAUAACUAUUCCUGCAGCCCUGCUAUCAAACAUAGGUGGCUGAAUGGACUACAGCGGACACUGGUUAAGGCUCUUGGAACCUCUCACCAACCCACCUAAGCUCCACACAGUCUCAUAAUAAGUGUUGAAAACAGUGUUCCCAUAAGGGACAGAUGCCUUUUGGCAGUUGACUACUGUGCCUAAUUGAAAAUAUGGUCCUGUCUGCCGUUGACACCAUUUGGUUUUGUUAAUUACAUGCCCACAAGUCAAGUGUGCACAGGCCCAGUUUCCAGCCCAGGGGUCCUUUAUUCGAAGCAGAGUAAGUAAAUUCGGUGGUAAAUGAAAAUCUCUGAUGUUUAUUUCAAUCCCAUAUAUUUUUCAGUUGGUCCAGAUGAACCUGUCAUUGAAAUAAAACCCUAUGCCAUCAGUGAGAAGGGCUUCGCUGCUAGUGAGCAAGAAGAGGUCACUCUGAAUUGCUCAGCGCUCUCCAACCCACCAUGCCACUACGUCUGGUUUUAUAACAAUUCUCAAGUUUACUCUGGUCAGAUAUAUGUCCUUCCACGCAUCUCCCGAAGGCAGAGUGGCCUGUAUACCUGCUUGGCACAAAAUGAUCACCUGAAAACACGGACACAGCUUACAAUCACUCUCACGGUCUUUUGUAAGUGAGCCACAAGUGUCAGUUUGGCAUGCUUUCUUUUUUCUAUGUUCUCCAGUCUGCACAUGUGUAAUAUCUGAACUUCCUUAUAGAUUAACUAAAAAUCUAUGUGUCAACCCAAGAAGCACAUUCCACAGUAAUGUUGACCAAUCAGGAGUCAUAUUGCGAAUUUUGUGCAUGUUCUGGUCAUUCUUUUGUAAGUUAGGGAGAGUGGCAAAGGUCCUUAGGGACUUGUGCUGCUUCUUGUGAAAUUGGAGGAACGGGCAGUUUUUAGUCCCUUCUAUGGUACUUUUUUGGGGACCUCUGCUUGUCAUUGUGGAGGCAGAAGGAGGGCUAAAAUGUGUUUUCUUCUGGUUCUUAGGGUUCAGAAAGGGGUUUGCAGGCUCUCUGAUGUAUUGGCAAUUUUUUUUAUUUUUUUUGGUUUCUUUAUCAGGACCCUCACUCACUCUAAAUAUAUUUUAGAAUUCUUUGAGCAGUUAGCACAUUCCAGUAAAACAAACAUCUGGAAUAUGUUCCAAGAAACUUCUGUUUAUUCUGAAUAAUGUAUUGCAUGUAGGAUUCAAAUGGAACGUAUUAAACAAUGUAAAUUAAAAAUAAUCAUAAUUAUAUUUCAAACCUAUAACAUCAGAAAACAUAACUAAUAUUAAAGGAACACUAUAGCGUUUAGGAAGAUAAACAUCUGCUCCUAAUGCUCUGCUGUACCAGUAACUACACUGAACAAAAUUAUAAACGCAACACUUUCGUUUUUACCCCCAUUUUUCAUGAGCUGAACUCAAAGAUCUAAGACUUUUUCUAUGUACACAAUAUUUCUCUCAAAUAUUGUUCACAAAUCUUUCUAAAUCUGUGUUGGAGAGCAUUUAUCCUUUGCCAGGUGUGGCAUUUCAAGAUGCUGAUUAGACAGCAUGAUUAUAGCAAAGGUGUGCCUUAGGCUGGCCACAAUAAAAGGCCACUCUAAAAUGUGCAGUUUUAUCACACAGCACAAUGCCACAGAUGUCGUAAGUUUUGAGGGAACAUACCAUUAUCAUUCUGAAUGCAGGAAUGUCCACCAAAGAUGUUGCCCGUGAAUUGAAUGUUCAUUUCUCUACCAUAAGCCAUUUACAAAGGCUUUUCAGAGAAUUUGGUAAUACAUCCAACUGGCUUCACAACCGCAGACCACGUGUAACCAGGACCUCCACAUCCAGCAUCUUCACCUCCAAGAUCGUCUAAAAACCAGCCUCCCGGACAGCUGCUGCAACAAUAUAACUAAAGAAUUUCUGCACAAACUGUUAAAAACCGUCUCAGGGAAGCUCAUGUGCAUGCUCAUCGUCCUCAUCUGGGUCUCAGCCUGACUGCAGUUUGUCGUCAUAACCGACUUGAGUGGGCAACUGCUCACAUUUGAUGGUGUCUGGCACUAUGGAGAGGUGUUUUCUUCACAUAUGAAUCCCGGUUUUCACUGUACAGGGCAGAUGGCAGACAGAGUGUAUGGAGUCGUGUUGGUGAGUGGUUUGCUGAUGUCAACGUUGAGGAUCGAGUGGCCCAUAGUGGCGAUGGGGUUAUGGUAUGGGCAGGCGUAUGUUAGGGACAACGAACACAGGUGCAUUUUAUUGCUGGCAUUUUGAAUGUACAGAGAUACCGUGAUGAAAUCCAGAGGCCCAUUGUUGUGCCAUUCGUCCACGGCCAUCACCUCAUGUUAAUGAUAAUGCACGGCCCCAUGUUGCAAGGAUCUAUACACUAUUCCUGGAAGCUGAAAACAUCCCUGUUCUUGCAUGGCCAGCAUACUCACCGGACAUGUCACCCAUUGAGCAUGUUUGGUAUGCUCUGGAUCGGCGAAGAAGACAACAAGUUCAAGGUCCUGCCAAUAUCCAUCAACUUCGCACAGCCAUUGAAGAGGAGUGGACCAACACUCCACAGGCCACAAUCAACAAACUGAUCAACUCUAUGCAAAGGAGAUGUGUUGCACUGCGUGAGGCAAAUGGUGGUCACACCAGAUACUGACUGGUUUUUGGACCCCCCCAGGACCCUCACAAUACAGUAAAACUGCACAUUUUAGAGUGGCCUUUUAUUGUGGUCAGCCUAGGGCACACCUGUGCAAUAGUCAUGCUGUCUAAUCAGAAUCUUGAUAGGCCACACAUGUGAGGUGUAUGGAUUAUCUCAGCAAAGGAGAAGUGCUCACUAACACAGAUUUUAGACAGAUUUGUGAACAAUAUUUGAGAGAAAUAGACCUUCAGUGUAUUUAGAUGCAGGUCCCCUCCUCCUCCAAAUUAAUAAAAAAAAGAGAUUUACUUACUAUUCUUCCCCCAGUGCACCAGUCUCUAUGUGGUCAUACCUGCUACCUCGAUGAUCUCAGCCAAUCCAAUGCUUCCUCACUGGGAAGCAUUGGGAUGCUACUGUGCAUUCAUGGACAUUUGUCACGCUUAGCCAAUCAGUAUAUGUUCCUAGAGAUGCAUUAAAUCAGCUUAUCUUUACGGAGAGUGUUCCACGCAAAUUCUUUGUCCUAGAUUUUGAUCUUCUGUGUGUGUGUGUGUUCUAAUCCCAUUGCAUCUUAUGUGUUACAAACUGCCUGAGUUUAGUUAGAGUUACACUUAUGGGCAGCAGGGCUGUCAAUAAUAUAAUCAAGUAAUCUCUGAGACAAUCAUACAGCACUUGGACUUUGUGUUUUAUUUUUUAAGUUUUCUCCCAAAAACCCUUAACGUCUUUAUUUUCCUAUUAUGCACAGUUCAAAUGCUGUGUUUUCUUUCACUCUUUAUUUUAAAUGUGUAUCCUAACGACCUUCCUCUGGUAGUCUGUCUGGUCAGACAAAACAAAUCCCUUUUUAUUGACAAAUACACUUAUCUGAUGAAUUCUGUAUUGUUACACGAAGAUGAGAUGUUUCAUGUCCAAAUCUUAACUUUACACCUAACAAAUGUGGAAGAUGACAGGGUAGCACUAUAUAUGCAUAAAAUAAAAUCUUCACUGCAGACAAGUAAUUAAACCAGGACCUAUUAUUUAAAUGAAGGGAGCUAGAAACAACUAAUUAUAUAAUUACCAAUUAUAAUAAGGAAGGGAGUCUGAGUUUUCAAAAUUAUUUUAGUAUUUGGGCAGGAUUCUAAAAUGCUACCGUUGAAACUAAUCCUCUCAUAGAUCCGUUUCAAACAAUAUUCCAGAUUAAUAGCAAUUAAUGUGCCAAGCUUUAAUACAUCCAGCUAUUACUAUCACUGAAAAAUCUGGUAUUUUUUCUGUGUGAAAGGAGCCACUUUGAAAAUGCAAUGACAGUAAGUCUUGAAAAUAAUCAAAUGCCAGAAAACGUGUAAUAUCAACAGACAAUCAGAAUAUGUGAUUUGCUAAAGUAGCUUCAAGCCUUUUACUGUGCAGCAACAGGAGUAGAUUAUUUGAACUGCAUGAUAAUGCUGCAUUGGAUGAGACACAGAAAAGCAAAAGGUAAGACAGAAAUCUACAAUUUAGUUUUCAUAGAGAAAGUGACCCAACUGCUAAACAGAUUUUUUUUUAAAUACCAACAUAAAUCCUGCUUUUUUAAGGUUCAUCUUCUUGAUGUUGUUCAUGAAAUUUAGAUUUUUUUUAUAUUGCAGAUUUUCACACAUGUUUUACCAUCAAAGUCUAACAUCCUAAUAUUUAGAAAGCCUCCUCUUUUUGCAGGUUUUUAUUGAUCUUUCCAUCAGCCCUGACACUCACAGCUCGGCCCCUACUGGAGGUGUGGCUAAGGCAAAGAUUUUACACUUCCUUCUAGCCAUACCAAUUAACACCAGCAAUGGGCACUGUGAUAGGCUAUAAGUGAUCACCUGACAUUUGCAGCCAAUCAGAACCAGCCUUUGCCACUCAGGAUAAUGUUUCCUCAUUAACUCAAUCAUCACAGAGCAGAAACAGUGCUUUAAAUUGAAAUAUGUAUAUACAAAAAAGACUUACAAUCAGUCACACUCACGUGUUCCUGAGCCAAACAAAGCAGGCUCAAGCUAUACAGACUCAAAAUAGGAAAUAUGGUGAAUUCCUCAUUUGUGACACAACAUUAGCUGCUCAGUAGCAAGUAUAUGGCAUGUUCCUCCAAGCUUACAUUUUAUAAUAAAUGAGUGAAAAAGAAAGACAUUUAAAACUUACCAUUAUUAGAAACAAACUAAUAAAUAAACAGGGUAAAAUAAAACCCUGGAGUCCACCAGAUUGCACUAACGCAUUUCGACUGGGGUGUCUUUUUCGAAGUGCUUUUGAUUGCUAUUUACUAACUAAUGUAACUUUGCGGAGAUGUUUAUUAGUUAAUUUGUUUCCAGCCAGUGCCCCACACAACACUAUAGAAUUUCAAAUUUACCAAAAGAAGAAGCAAUUUUAAGGGCUUUAAAAAGUUGUUUUUUUUCUGAUGUUAAUGGCUGUGCCAUAAGGUUUUACUAGUCAAUCUAAGGCAGUAGAAUUAACUCUCUCCAUGCCUUCCUGAUGCUCCACUCUCAUGUCAGGCACUGAAAGUGAAAGUUAGGCUAGUUACACAUGCUCUAUAGGCAUAUAACCUAUACAAAAAAAAAAAAUAAACAUUAAAAAAACUACAUAAAAAAGACCCCAAUAAUACCAGGUAGGGGUGAUGCAAACAAAACACUUGGUGAUUUAGAGGAACAUCAGGAAUAAUAUUGAAGAUCACACUUAUAAGAUAUUUAUACUAAGAAUGGUAAUUCUCUACAGCAAAAAUAAUUAUGGCAGGAAAAAGGAUACAUUGCUUAAAAAAUAAAUGCUUACAUUGAUGCAAAAUAAAUUUAAUUUCUGCUUUUAGUGGUCUCAUAUAUUCAUUCUGUUCUCGACAGCAAUAUAAUUAUUAAAGAAGAGACUUUAAGAUUUUCCCAGUUCUGUAUUUUAUUAUAUGAUCAGACGUGUUAAUUCCCAAUGUUUCACAUUAUUAUUUUGGAAGUUAUAGACAUUUCAUAUCCGUUUCCAUCGUCUUGUUGGUGGCAGUGUUUUAUGAUAUUUUGUGUAUAGAUUUACCUGAAGGAUCUCCAGUGUGUACGGCUCUAUCUCAUAAUAAUUACAAGGAUGUGGCUCUUUGGUGUUCGUGGGAAGGUGGCCAUCCUUUGGCACAAGUUCGCUGGUUGAAAUCAAGUGAAGAGGAUAAUGUGAUUGUGUCAUAUUCCAAUUCAACCAAGAUACAAAGAGCCUCCGACAUUCAAAAUGGCAGCACUUAUACAUGCGCAAUCUCCCAUCCGGCUCUUAGAUUUGAUGUUACCUGCAGUACCACUAUACGUAAGUACAUAGUUUUUGUUUUUAAUAGUAUGAGGACAGUGUAUUAACAUUACAAUAAUCAAAACAACACAUAACCGAAGGAGAAAUGCAUGCAAUAGUUAUCCAUGCAAUAGUUAUCCAUGCAAUAGUUCAUAUGUAGGGAUUUAACUGGAGUGGGGGAGUAAUCUAACUGGAGUGGGAGGACAAUCUAACUGGAGUGGGGGAGUAAUCUAACUGGAGUGGGGGGACAAUCUAACUGGAGUGGGGGAGUAUCUAACUGGAGUGGGGGACAAUCUAACUGGAGUGGGGAGUAUCUAACUGGAGUGGGGUAAUCUAACUGGGUGGGGGAGUAAUCUAACUGGAGUGGGGGGACAAUCUAACUGGAUUGGGGGAGUAAUCUAACUGGAGUGGGUGAGUAAUCUAACUGGAGUAGGGGAGCAAUCUAAAUGGAGUGGGGGAGUAAUCUAACUGGAGUGGGGGAGUAAUCUAACUGGAGUGAGGGAGUAAUCUAACUGGAGUGGGGGGACAAUCUAACUGCAGUGGGGGAGUAAUCUAACUGGAGUGGGGGAUGUGGCGAAACCAACCUCGCCACUGUGAACUGGAGAAGCCUGGUUGCUCGUCUGCUCCCUUUGGACUAUGGCCCUGCAGGUUAAACCGUUUAUUUCCCCUGCAGAAAGGCUUAUUUGUGUGAUCUGAGUGCCAUUCAUCUAAUAAUGUGCACUCAGAUCCCAGCUAUCUGGGGAUAUGUGAAAUGUCUGUGUGUUAUGUGUAAAUGUGACUUUAUGUAUUUUAAAGUGUUUUGUGUCUUUUUGCAACCAUGUGCUUAAUGGAGUCUUGUGUCUAUCCUGGGAGAUAAUUGAAUUACUCUCCAGGAUAGAAGACUCUGAAACUGGUUUGGGCCAGAAAGCCAUGCUUCAUUUAGUCACAAAGGACUUUUUACUAACUUUUGAACCCCUUGUCUGAUUUGUGCCAUUUUUGAAUAUGUUGUUCCCCUGAAUGGAUUGAUUGUGAAUAUGUAAUUUUAUGUGACUGUGAUGUGAUUGGUUGUUUUGUAACGCCCUGUGGGCUGUACUAUGUUUGUGGAUUGGGAAUAAAAGAGACUGUAUGUGACAGUACAGAGAGUUCCUGUUUUAACCCUCAAAGUGAAGUGUCGUCUCAUUAUUGGGGGAAGGAUUUAUUGUAUGCUGUUCCAGUUUGACUGCUAGGAGAGUAAACCUAUUCGUAUGGUUCCUAUUCAACUGUCUACAGCAUUCAUAUGCUUGAGAGGAUUCAUAUGCUUCUCCGGUUCGGUGGUUGUGGUGUCUGCUGCAGUGCUUAGAGUCCUCAGGAAGUGCUAGGAGCAUCCUUUAACGGAGGUACCCAGUCGGGGUGCCAGGCGAUCCGUUACAUUGGUGGCAAGCGGUGGGAUGGCGUCCUAGUGCGAGGUAAAGCAGCUCAGAGACACAGUUCGUUUGGAUUUACAAAUUGAGGGCAACGCUAGCACACGUGCAGCGACCCUGGGAGCAGAGGUAUCCAGCGACUUGGAGCAGACAAGUAUGGAAGGCUCUGGCGAUGAUUGGAUGGCCGAGGUGAGGCAGCGAGUGGCCCAGUAUGGGGAUGAUUUACCCAUGGAGGUACGCCGGGUGAUCUGGAACCAGGUCACGGCCGAGCGAAACACAAGGCUGGCCCGAGAAUUCCGGCUGGCGAAAGAGAGAGAGUAUGCUCAGCGGAAGGAGUGUUACAGCAGCCGAGUAGAGGCUGCAUCCAAGGAGGCUAGCCGUCUCCCCCUGAGGCGGCCGCAGGAACCCGAAGUAGGGGUCCUCAUAGACUGGUCCUGUGAGGAACCACAACAGGCAGGUGGAGAUGGGACCGGCCCAGAUCCCCAGCAGCAGCCGGAGUUGCCAGGUGCGGAAGCAGGUGGUCCUUACUCGCAAAUGUUGAGGGACCUCACAGACUGGUCCUGGGAAGACCCACAGAUGGCAGGUGGAGAUGGGACGGCGGUCUCUCAACCGGCCCUACAGGGAUGCUGGGCGGUCGGCCCAGAUCUCCAGCGGCAGUAUGUACCCCAGGGAGCUGAAGGUGCAGUCCUUCCUCCCCAGCGGCAGUGUGCACCCCAGGGAGCUGAAGGUGCAGUCCUUCCUCCCCAGCGGCAGUGUGUACCCCAGGGAGCUGAAGGUGCCGUCCUUCCUCCCCAGCGGCACAGUGUCCUGCAGGGAGCAGAGACCGUCAGUCUCGCACCCCAACCACAGGACAAAAUAAUGAAAGGGGAGACAGCUGGUCCCCCUCUCCACCAGCAGAGAGAGUGUCAGGGAGAGGAGCCUGAUACCCCCUCUCCCCAGCGGCAGGUUACAGUUCAGAGAGAGGAGCUUGUUACACCCUCUCUCCAGCGGCAGCCUAACCCAGCAAGGGGAGAUGUUACACCCCCCAACAGUGCAGAUGGGACUGUAGUCUCUGCACUUACAGCACAAGGGAUAGGGACAGUCGGUCCUGUUCCCCAGCCACAAAGCGGUGUAUCCAGAGGGGAGACAGUCGGUCUCUCCCUCCCACAACCAGGCUCCCACCAGGCUACUUCCGUGGUAGCACUGGCAUCAGGGCAGAGUACCGCUGGUCUCUGCCCACUCAGCAACCCACCAAGGCAGCCUAACAGUUGCCCACACAGUCGUGGUGAGGCACCUGGACAUGGACAAAGUUCUCCUCUGCCCAGGUGUAGUAACCAGUUAUUGUGGGUGGGCUGUACUGCUGUUUCUGUUUUGUGGGUGGGUUGCUGGACUAACCAGGGCACUGACCGGCAGGAGGUCAGAUACCCUGUUAGUCUAGUUGGUAAAGGGGAGAAGUGUGGCGAAACCAACCUCGCCACUGUGAACUGGAGAAGCCUGGUUGCUCGUCUGCUCCCUUUGGACUAUGGCCCUGCAGGUUAAACCGUUUAUUUCCCCUGCAGAAAGGCUUAUUUGUGUGAUCUGAGUGCCAUUCAUCUAAUAAUGUGCACUCAGAUCCCAGCUAUCUGGGGAUAUGUGAAAUGUCUGUGUGUUAUGUGUAAAUGUGACUUUAUGUAUUUUAAAGUGUUUUGUGUCUUUUUGCAACCAUGUGCUUAAUGGAGUCUUGUGUCUAUCCUGGGAGAUAAUUGAAUUACUUAUCUCCAGGAUAGAAGACUCUGAAACUGGUUUGGGCCAGAAAGCCAUGCUUCAUUUAGUCACAAAGGACUUUUUACUAACUUUUGAACCCCUUGUCUGAUUUGUGCCAUUUUUGAAUAUGUUGUUCCCCUGAAUGGAUUGAUUGUGAAUAUGUAAUUUUAUGUGACUGUGAUGUGAUUGGUUGUUUUGUAGCGCCCUGUGGGCUGUACUAUGUUUGUGGAUUGGGAAUAAAAGAGACUGUAUGUGACAGUACAGGGAGUUCCUGUUUUAACCCUCAAAGUGAAGUGUCGUCUCAUUAUUGGGGGAAGGAUUUAUUGUAUGCUGUUCCAGUUUGACUGCUAGGAGAGUAAACCUAUUAGUAUGGUUCCUAUUCAACUGUCUACAGCAUUCAUAUGCUUGAGAGGAUUCAUAUGCUUCUCCGGUUCGGUGGUUGUGGUGUCUGCUGCAGUGCUUAGAGUCCUCAGGAAGUGCUAGGAGCAUCCUUUAACGGAGGUACCCAGUCGGGGUGCCAGGCGAUCCGUUACAGGGGAGUAAUCUAACUGGAGUGGGGGAGUAAUCUAACUGGAGUGGGGGGACAAUCUAACUGGAGUAAUCUAACUGGAGUGGGGGAGUAAUCUAACUGGAGUGGGGGGACAAUCUAACUGGAGUGGGGGAGUAAUCUAACAGGAGUGGGGGAGUAAUCUAACUGGAGUGGAGGAGUAAUCUAACUGGAGUGGGGGGACAAUCUAACUGCAGUGGGGGAGUAUCUAACUGGAGUGGGGGAGUAAUCUAACUGGAGUGGGGGAUCAAUCUAACUGGAGUGGGGGAGUAAUCUAACAGGAGUGGGGGAGUAAUCUAAUUGGAGUGGGGGGACAAUCUAACUGGAGUGAGGGAGCAAUCUAACUGGAGUGGGGGAGUAAUCUAACUAGAGUGGAGGAGUAAUCUAACUGGAGUGGGGGACACCCACUGCAGUGGGGAGUACCUAACUGGAGUGGGGGAGUAAUCUAACAGGAGUGGGGGAGUACCUACUGAGUGGGGGGAAUACCCACUGAGUACCUAACAGGAGUGGGGAGUACUCCAACUGGAGUGGGGACACCUAACUGGAGUGGGGGGGAGUACCUAACUGGGAGGGGGGGGAGUACCCACUGGGAGGGAGGGAGUACUCCACUGAGUGGGGGACACCCACUGCAGUGGGGGAGUAUUCAACUGGAGUGGGGGAGUACUCCACUGGGAGUGGGGGAUCACCCACUGGGAGUGGGGAGUACCUGGUGGCGGGGAGUAAAUCACUGAGUGGGGGGGGGACAAUCUAACUGGAGUGAGGGAGCAAUCUAACUGGAGUGGGGGAGUAAUCUAACUAGAGUGGAGGAGUAAUCUAACUGGAGUGGGGGAGUAAUCUAACUGGAGUGGAUGGAGUAAUCUAAUUGGAGUGGGGGAGCAAUCUAACUGGAGAGAGGUAGCAAUCUAACUGGAGAAGGGGAGUAAUCUAACUGAAGUGGGGGAGCAAUCUAACUGGAGUGGGGGAUCAAUCUAACUGGAGUGAGGAAGUAAUCUAACUGGAGUGGGGGAGCAGAGCAAUCUAACUGGAGUGGGGGAAUAAUCUAACAGGAGUGGAGGAGCAAUCUAACUCUAGUGGGGGAGUAAUCUAACUGGAAUGGGGGAGCAAUCUAACUGGUGUGGGGGAGCAAUCUAACUGGAGAGGAGGAGUAAUCAAACUGGAGUGGGGGAGCAAUCAAACUUAAGUGGGGGAGCAAUCUAACUGGAUUGGGGGAGUAAGCUAACUGGAGUGGGGGAGCAGAGCAAUCUAACUGGAGUGGGGGAAUGAUCUAACAGGAGUGGAGGAGCAAUCUAACUGGAGUGGGGGAAUGAUCUAACAGGAGUGGAGGAGCAAUCUAACGGGAGUGGGGGAGUAAUCUAACUGGAGUGGGGGGAUAAUCUAACUGGAGUGGGGGAGUAUCUAACUGGAGUGGGGGAGUAUCUAACUGGAGUGGGGGAGUAUCUAACUGGAGUGGAGGAGUAAUCUAACUGGAUUGGGGGAGAAAUCUAACUGGAGUGGGGGAGUAAUCUAACUGGAGUGGGGUAUCAAUCUAACUGGAGUGAGGGAGAAAUCUAACUGGAGAGGGGGAGCAAUCUAACUGGAGUGAGGGAGUAAUCUUACUGGAGUGGGGGAUCAAUCUAACUGGAGUGAGGGAGUAAUCUAACUGGAGUGGGGGAGCAAUCUCACUGGAGUGGGGGAUCAAUCUAACUGGAGCGGUGGAGUAAUCUAACUGGAGAGGGGGAUCAAUCUAACUGGAGUGAGGGAGUAAUCUAACUGUAGUGGGGGAUCAAUCUAAGUGGAGUGAGGGAGUAAUCUAACUGGAGUGGGGGAUCAAUCUAACUGUAGUGGAGGGAGUAAUCUAACUGGAGUGGGGGAGCAAUCUAACAGGAGUGGGGGAUCAAUCUAACCGGAGUGAGGGAGUAAUCUAACUUGAGAGGAGGAGCAAUCUAACUGGAGUUUAGGGAGCAAUCUAACUGGAGUGGGAAGAGAGUCUAGGGGUGCAAUUCAACUUUAAUGGAGUGGAACUUAAAAAUAUAAACUAAAAAAAUCUAUAUUAAGCACAUUUGUUGAGUCAGAAUGCACUUUUCAAAUGGAGCAAAAUGUAUCUCACAAAGAGCUACAUGACUUCAAAAUAAUACUGAUUGCAUUAAAGCUACUCCCAAGUUUUUUUUAUAAAGAUAGAAUUUUUAUGAAAUACUAAUGUUGGCUGUGUUGGAAUUUCACUUCAUGCCAUGAAUCUCUACAGGGCCUGCGCCCUCUAGUGUAUUUUUAAGGUUAAAACAUGUAACAUGUAGACUGAAAGCGUAUAGCUCAGAGGGAGAAGGGAGAGGGGGAUACGAUAAAACAUAGACUGAAAGCCAUUAAUAUGUAUAGCUCAGAGGGAGAAGAGAGAGGGGGAUACGAUAAAACAGACUGAAAGCCAUUAAUAUGUAUAGCUCAGAGGGAGAAGGGAGAGGGGGAUAUGAUAAAACAUAGACUGAAAGCCAUUAAUAUGUAUAGCUCAGAGGUAGAAGGGAGAGGGGGAUAUGAUAAAACAUAGACUGAAAGCCAUUAAUAUGUAUAGCUCAGAGGGAGAAGGGAGAGGGGGAUAUGAUAAAACAGACUGAAAGCCAUUAAUAUGUAUAGCUCGGGGGGGAGAAGGGAGAGGGGGAUAUGAUAAAACAGACUGAAAGCUAUUAAUAUGUAUAGCUUGGGGGGGAGAAGGGGAUAUGAUAACACAGACUGAAAGCCAUUAAUAUGUAUAGCUCGGGGGGAGAAGGGAGAGGGGGAUAUGAUAAAACAGACUGAAAGCCAUUAAUAUGUAUAGCUCGGGGGGGAGAAGGGAGAGGGGGAUAUGAUAAAACAUAGACUGGAAGCCAUUAAUAUGUAUAGCUCAGAGAGAGAAGGGAGAGGGGGAUAUGAUAAAACGUAGACUGGAAGCCCAUAAUAUGUAUAGCUCAGAGGGAGAAGGGAGAGUGGGAUAUGAUAAAACAUAGACUGAAAUCCAUUAAUAUGUAUAGCUCAGAGGGAGAAGGGAGAGGGGGAUAUGAUAAAACAGACUGAAAGCCAUUAAUAUGUAUUGCUCAGAGGGAGAGGGAGAGGGGGAUAUGAUAAAACAUAGACUGAAAGCCAUUAAUAUGAAUAGCUCAGAGGGAGAAGGGAGAUACGAUAAAACAGACUGAAAGCCAUUAAUAUGUAUAGCUCAGAGGGAGAAGGGAGAGUGCGAUACGAUAAAACAUAGACUGAAAUCCAUUAAUAUGUAUAGCUCAGAGGGAGAAGGGAGAGGGAGAUAUGAUAACACAUAAACUGAAAUCCAUUAAUAUGUAUAGCUCAGAGGGAGAAGGGAGAGGGGGAUAUGAUAAAACAGACUGAAAGCCAUUAAUAUGUAUUGCUCAGAGGGAGAGGGAGAGGGGAAUAUGAUAAAACAUAGACUGAAAGCCAUUAAUAUGUAUAGCUCAGAGAGAGAAGGGAGAGGGGGAUACGAUAAAACAUAGACUGGAAGCCCAUAAUAUGUAUAGCUCAGAGGGAGAAGGGAGAGGGGGAUACGAUAAAACUUGGACUGAAAGCCAUUAAUAUGUAUAGCUCAGAGGGAGAAGGGAGAGGGGGAUAUGAUAAAACAGACUGAAAGCCAUUAAUAUGUAUAGCUCAGAGAGAGAAGGGAGAGUGGGAUAUGAUAAAACAUAGACUGAAAUCCAUUAAUAUGUAUAGCUCAGAGGGAGAAGGGAGAGGGGGAUAUGAUAAAACAGACUGAAAGCCAUUAAUAUGUAUUGCUCAGAGGGAGAGGGAGAGGGGGAUAUGAUAAAACAUAGACUGAAAGCCAUUAAUAUGAAUAGCUCAGAGGGAGAAGGGAGAUACGAUAAAACAGACUGAAAGCCAUUAAUAUGUAUAGCUCAGAGGGAGAAGGGAGAGUGCGAUACGAUAAAACAUAGACUGAAAUCCAUUAAUAUGUAUAGCUCAGAGGGAGAAGGGAGAGGGAGAUAUGAUAACACAUAAACUGAAAUCCAUUAAUAUGUAUAGCUCAGAGGGAGAAGGGAGAGGGGGAUAUGAUAAAACAGACUGAAAGCCAUUAAUAUGUAUUGCUCAGAGGGAGAGGGAGAGGGGAAUAUGAUAAAACAUAGACUGAAAGCCAUUAAUAUGUAUAGCUCAGAGAGAGAAGGGAGAGGGGGAUAUGAUAAAACAGACUGAAAGCCAUUAAUAUGUAUUGCUCAGAGGGAGAGGGAGAGGGGGAUAUGAUAAAACAUAGACUGAAAGCCAUUAAUAUGUAUAGCUCAGAGGGAGAAGGGAGAGGGGGAUAUGAUAAAACAUAGACUGAAAGCCAUUAAUAUGUAUAGCUCAGAGGGAGAAGGGAGAGGGGGAUAUGAUAAAACAUAGACUGAAAGCCAUUAAUAUGUAUAGCUCAGAGGGAGAGGGGAGAGGGGAUAUGAUAAAACAUAGACUGAAAUCCAUUAAUAUGUAUAGCUCAGAGGGAGAAGGGAGAGGGGGAUACGAUAAAACAGACUGAAAGCCAUUAAUAUGUAUAGCUCAGAGAGAGAAGGGAGAGGGGGAUAUGGUAAAACAUAGACUGGAAGCCUAUAAUAUGUGUAGCUCAGAGGGAGAAGGGAGAGGGGGAUAUGAUAAAACAUAAACUGAAAGCCAUUAAUAUGUAUAGCUCAGAGGGAGAAGGGAGAGGGGGAUAUGAUAAAACAUAGACUGAAAGCCAUUAAUAUGUAUACCUCAGAGGGAGAAGGGAGAGGGGGAUAUGAUAAAACAUAGACUGAACGCCAUUAAUAUGUAUAGCUAAGAGAGAGAAGGGAGAGGGAGAUAUGAUAAAACAUAGACUGGAAGCCCAUAAUAUGUGUAGCUCGAAGGCACACUACAUAAAGGAGAUAGAGUUAAAAUAAAUUAGGCAGAUCCCAGAACAUGGAUACAGGCAAACUGUAUUUUAUUUACAUCCUGUGUAGAAUUUUCCACGAUUGAUCAAGGUAUUUUGAGCUGUUAGUGAAAUAACUGAAAAUCAGUUACUUAACAGGGCAGGUUAAAUGGAUCAAUUGGAUAUUAUUUUACAUUUAAACUGAAGUCCUCAUGUCACUUCUGCAUAGACAUACUCCAUUUCUCUCUUCAAUCCUUGAAUUAGUUACAAUUACGUCCACUUCCCUGCCCUCAUCUAUGUAGAAUCUCUGGCCUUUGAAGCCGAGAAACAAUUCCUGAUGUAACAUGUAAAGAAAGACAUACGGCAUCUCUACAGGGGACAGUGUAAAGUUAAUCUGAAUAUCUCCCGCGACAUUAACAUGUGAAGCACUUCAGGCUAAAACCGUUUAUAAACUGUUAGUAUUGCUUACAAUUUCUCUAUAUAUAGUUUUUCCAGCUGGUGGACCAAAUUGUUCUGCAAAAGCCACAAAACAGAAUGAUUAUGUCAUGUUAACCUGCGAAUGGCCAGGAGGUUACCCUCGCGCCAUGCUUGAGUGGAAUAAUAAGGAAAUUGGAGACUCCAAGGAAUCUUCCAACAUCUACGUCUUAAAAUCCGACCCAGUUUAUAAUGGCAAAUUGUUUACCUGCAGUGGCCUGCACCCCAUGAAUACAGACGUAAAGCAGUGUCUUGUCCGGCUCGGUAAGACUUCUUAUGAGUUUAAAAUCCCUUGUGAUAAUUUAGAAGAUUUGAGCUAGAUAAUGUUAUGCGUUUAAUCUUAACUCGAUACAAAGUUUUAAGAGUAAUUUCUAUUUUACAUACUUAAGAUUAGAUUUGUGCGUUUGGAUUCUGACAACCUGCGUUUCCAAAUUGGCUGUUAAUCCAAAUAUUGAAGACUGAAUCGAACGAGUCCUGAAUCUCACUAUGGGCGCAAUUCUUCUCUGUGGUUCAGUCAUUCGUUGAUUCAGAAUGCUGAAAGAUCAAAAUAAGAAGAUACCUUUUCCUAAUCUUGAUCUGUCAGAUGCUUAGUAGAUAGUUCCUAAACCUAAUCCUAAUGGUAUCAAAUAAGGGAGCUAUUUACUAAGCAACUCCAUAAUGUGGUAACCUCAGACAUGGGUACCACAUAAAGGCUCCAAAUUAAGGAGUUAUCUAAUAAAAUCAAAAUUAAAAAAAAAAGCUUGAAUGUGUAAUUUGAUUAAUCUGAGCUAAACGGCACAUUUAGACCUAUCAUGUUUGAAUUCUUGACACUAAAAUAUUAAUUUUAGUUAAAUAAUAUCAAACAAUGUAAUGACUGAUACAUUAAAAUGUAUGGAUGUGUUUUUGUUAAUAUUGCUUCAGUGCUAUUAUGUCAAUGUCUGUUGGACAACAGGCCAAGUUAACACUUCAAGUGUGAGAUUUAAACAGGUACAAACAUACCCCUCUUAGAGCGCUAACCUCUAAUCUAUAAUUGGCUCUACGUGUAAGCAUACAUGUAAUGUGGCAGAGUUUAUAACUAUGAUACAAGGGAUAUGAUAGCUCACCGAAGUGUUUUACUCCUUUUUACUUUAUAAAUGUUCAAAAAUCAUCACUUUUAUAAAACUGCUUGAUUGCACUCUGUGUUAUUGACAGCUCUUCCUCAAACGCUUUGAGUGUUUGCUCAAAGCCUAUACGAGGCAUCUUCUCAUAAAACCCUAAAUCGUUAGAGGCAAUUAACCUUAGGCUUUAUUGGGAAAGGGUACUUUUUAACCCCUUAAGGACCAAACUUCUGGAAUAAAAGGGAAUCAUGACAUGUCACACAUAAUAAUAAUGGGGUGUUCUCCUAAAGCAGUGGUUCCCAAACCAGUCCUCAUGCCCCACCAACAGUCCAGGACUUAUGUAAUUCCCUGUUUUAUUUCAAUGGAGAAACUAACAAAACCUGGACUGUUGGUGGGUUUUAAAGGACUGGUUUGAGAACCACUGUCCUAAAGGGACAUGCAUCAUUUGACUUUGAAAAGUCUCUGAUAAAUGUUUAUAAACUUCCUAAAAAUGUGGUCAGAUUGCAUUGGUGGGCAGGUCUCUCUGAGUUUAUUCAGCCCCUCCCCCCCUCCUUACCCUCCAAUCUCAGUUUUAGACCAGUCCACUAAUGACAGAAGUGUGGCCUUAUUGUGCAGCAGCAAGAGAGACAAACCCAGCACCGGAGUCUGCUCUGCAUGAUCACACUGACCAGACUAGCUCUCUAUUACCCCUGUCAGGAUGUUACAAGGUGAAGAGAUCUUCCAACUGCGCAUGUGUGAAUCUGUUAGGCACGACCAAUGCACUUUUCCAGCAUUCCUAGGGAUAGCACACUGAUUGGUUAGAUCAGUGUCUCUCCUGGAAUGGGUGUGGAAAGCAUAAGAACGAAGCAGGUAAAUAUUAAAAAAAAUAAUACAUACCUUCUUUUUUCAGCCUGCAGAGUGAUGCAACAGUCUCAUUCAAAGCUAAUAUUUGCCUCAAUGUGCUGCAUGUCUCUUUAUGAAGGUCCAAGGCGUGCCAUACCCGGUUAAGGUUCUAAUGUAAAACAUUAAAAAAUAAUUUUAUGGGCUAGGGUUGGGUCUACUUAUCAAUGUCUUGCUGUUUGGAGUUCAACAUUUAAGUUUGAACUUAAGCUAUGUCCUCUGUAUAAAUUUAACUGUAACUGUAUGUGCCAUGUAUUUUGUUUUAUGUGAUUAUAUGUUGGUUCCAUCACGUUGUCUACGUUGAGCAAACUGGGAAAUUAUCUUAUUAUUCAAUGUAAUAUUUUGUUAAAUGAGCAAUUCUCCUAAUGAGGGGAGUUUAAAAGCCAUACAUUAACUCCCAGCACUUUCUUUUGUCAGAGUCUCCAGUCUUGGAAAAGUCUGCAAACAUUUCGGUACUUGAAGGAAAUGAUGCUCAGAUGAGCUGUCACAUGAAACCAACAAAUCUUAUAUCUGAGAUAAUCUGGUAUGAUAACAAGAACAAGGAAAUAACUUCAGAUUCCCAGAAGUAUGGAAUACUUAAGGAAUCUGGUUUUUCUACUUUAACCAUUCGAGAAACCGAGUGGAACGUCGACAGUGGAUUGUAUCGCUGCUUGGCCUUUAAUGCUGUGGGAAAUUCUUCCAUUUUAAUUUGGCUUCAAGUUAACAGUAUGUACAGUUUACUAAAUAUCAUAUGAAUUAUUUUAUUUUAGCAGCAUGAUUUAUAGCCUUCAGAUAAUACACAGAUGCAGGAAAAAAAAAACACAGUGAAUCCCUUGAAAUGAUUUGAAUUACAUGAUUUGAUUUAUUAAAGUAUUGCAGAUAAUUUAGAAUAAUUUAAAUUUUUUGCAUUUUUUUUCGUGAUUUAUUAUAUGGAUAUUUUUUAGCCCAUAAUAUUUUUUUUUGCGUGCUGCAAUAUUCACAUUUUUCACUGGCACAAUAUAUUUACCAAUUUUCUUUUGCUUUUUCUCUAAUAAAAGUGUGGGAUGGAAUUUAAAAGAACAAACGAUAUCACUUUUAGUCCAAUUUUAGAACAUUCUAAUAAUCAUGAACAGACCAAAAAUAAAAGGCACUUUUAAGAUCCCCCAGUGUAUACAGUUGUUGUACCAAUGUUGCUUCCAGAGAAGUGAUGUCAUCCAGUCCCACCAAUCAGGUGUCAGCACAGUACUUAAAUAGUUGAAUGGGCAUUCCAAUAUGAUGCUUCUUUGCUGUUCCCAGGAGAAAAGUGUUGCAUUUUUUACUUCCCUGAUUAUCUUAUCUUCUUUUGCACUGGUGCUUCUAACUAACAGCACUAACUGUAUUUUAUUUAUUGUUUGCCUUAUAUCUUUGUUUUUUUCAUUUAUAUUACUCAUAUUUCUUAUAUUUGCUUUUGCGUGUGGUGCUCUUAUGGUUUUACCAUUGUGAAUGCUUUUUCCUUUCCCCUCCUGUUUAUUUACUUUCCACUUACAUAGUUACAUGGUUACAUAGAUUGAAAGGAGACAUGUAUCCAUCAAGUUCAGCAUUCCUCACAUUUGUUUUUAGCUGUUGAUCCAAAAGAAGGAAAAAAAAAAACAGUUUGCAACAAACUAGGAAAAAAAGUCCCUCUUGACCCCAGAAUGGCAUUCAGAUUUAUCAUUGGAUCAAGAAGCUAUUACCCUGCAUUGAAAAAUUAUAUCCUUGAAUAUUCUGGUUUUGCAACUAUGCAUUUAGUUGCUGUUUAAACAUCUGUACGGACUCUGAUAAAACCACUUCUUCAGGCAGAGAAUUCCAAAACUUUAUUGUUCUUACGAUUAAAAAAAAACCUUUCCUUUGCCUUAGACUAAAGCUUCUUUCUUCCAGUCUGAACGCAUGACGAUCGUGUCCUAUGUAAAUUACUGUUUGUGAAAAGACUUCCACACAUUGGUUUCAAUUGACCCCGGAUAUAUUUGUAUAAUGUUAUCAUAUCCACUCCAAGGCAAUGUUUUUCUAAACUAAAGAGAUUUUAAUUUGUUGUCCUUUCUUUAUAGCUAAAAUGAUCCAUUUGUUUUAUUAAUUUUGUAGCCCACCUCUGCACUCUUUCUAGUGCCAUAAUAUCCUUCUUUAGAACAGGUGCUUAAAAUUGCACAGCAUAUUCAAUAUGGGGUCUUACCAGUGAUUUAUACAGAGGCAAAAUGAUAUUCUGAUCCCAAGAAUUAAUGCCCUUUUUCAUGCAUGACAAUACCUUACUGGCCUAAGCCACUGCUGAUUGACAUUGCACAUUGUUGCAUAGUUUGUUGUCUGUAACAAUUCCCAAGUCCUUCUCGCGUGUUGUUAUCCCUAAUACGCUUCCAUUAAGGGUAUAAGGUGCUUGUGCUUUCUUUACAUCAAAGUGCAUAACUUUGCAUUUUUCUACAUUAAAUUGUAUCUGCCAUUUAAGUGCCCAGUCCCCCAGUCUAUCUAAAUCCCUCUACAGCAAAGUAAUAUCUAUAACAUGACUUUCAAUGCUGUCUUCAAGAUCAUUUAUAAACAUGUUAAAUAGAAGGGUUCCCAGAACAGAACCCUGAGGGACACCACUUGCCACAUCUGUCCUGCUUGAAAAUUUACAGUCAAUGACAUCUAGAGCAAUUUCUUUGAGUUUGAACACUAAUCUAUUGUGUGGAACUGUAUCAAACGCCUUGGCAAAAUCCAAAUAGAUCACAUCCACUGCAACACCCUGAUCUAUAUUUCUACUUACUUUUUUGUAGAAUGCAGUCAAGUUAGUUUGACAUGACCUGUGCUUCAUAAAACCGUCAUCUAAUUUUUAUACUUCCUGUAUUGCAAAUUCUGUUUAAUCUAGAAUGUAUUAUCUCCUGCUCUGUUAAUGACUUAUUAGACCAUAUAGGAACAUUCUGUAUGUAACUAAAGUUCAAUUUACAGAGCAGGAGAUUAAAGUAAAUUACAACUGAUUGAAAAAUGAAACCAUUUUGUUUUCAUGCAGGCUGUGAGAGUCACUGCCACGGGAGGUGUGACUAGAGCUGCAUAAACAGAAACAAAAGUGAUUUAUCUCUUAAAUGGCAGAGAAUUGAGUAGUGAGACUGCAGGGGCAUGAUCUGUACACCAAAACUGCUUCAUUAAACUAAACUUGUUUUGGUGACUACAGUGUCCAUUUAAUAACCUUUCAAUAUUUACUACAGAAGUUAAGCUCACAUGUCUAUAAUUUCCAGGCAAGGAUUUUGAACCCUUUUUGAAAAUAGGAACCACAUCCGCCUUCCGACAAUUCUCCGGAACACUUCCUGAAAGAAAAGCAUCUUGAUAGAUUAAAAACAGAGGUUCACUUAUUUCUACACUUAGUUGCUCGUGGUAGUACUCGUGGAUGAAUACCAUUAGGUCCUGGAGCUUUGUUUAUGUUAACUUUCUUUAGUUGCUGCAGCACCUUGUCUUGAGUUAGCCAACUGGCAUUUUUCUGCAUGUUUUUUGCAGCAAUAAUUUCAAUUAUCUAUUGCCAUAGGUUCUUCCUUAAUAUAUAUGGAGGAGUAAUAGUUAUUUAAAACACCCCAUGCUGGUUUUUAGUGUACCAACAUUUUAAUUUUUUCCUUUUUUUUUUUUUUAGAAUUUAUGUACUUAAAAAUACAUUGGGGUUGUUUUUUUCUCUUUUUAUCUAUCAUUUUUUUCAUUUUGAAGUUUAGCCAAUCUAAUCGCCUUUUUGCACACGCUAUUGGCUUCCUUAUAUCUUUUAUAGGAUGCCUCUGAUAUGUCCGAUUUAAAUGCUUUGAAUGCCCUUUUUUUAUUUUUUAUUUCUUAAUUCCCUUUCCCACUAUGCCACAUUGGUUUAAAUUUGUUUCUAUUAUCUUUAUUACCCAGUGGUACAUACUGAGAAAACUACCUUUCUAAUAUUUGUUGGAAGAUCUUUCAUUUAUUCUCAGUGUUCUCAUUAAAGAGUUUAUACCAAUUAAUAUAUUGUAAAGCUCCCCUUAACUUAUUGAAAUUGGCCUUUUUAAAAUUAUAUGUUUUAGUAUACCCCAUGUGCUUUUGUUUUUUUGAGCUUAUUUCAAAGGACACUAUUUUGUUUUCACUAUUUCCCAAAUGAUCACGUACUUGAAUGUUACUGUAACGGAUCACCUGGCACCCCGACUGGGUACCUCCAUUGAAGGAUGUUCCUAGCGCUUUCUGAGGGCUCCAAGCACUCCAGCCGACACCAUAACCACCGUAGACUCCUUCAGAGAACAAGACAGGAACAAGCUCUUACAAGAGCUCAGUGAUUAUAGCAAGGGAAUAUGCAGAGCAUAGCAAUCCCUUGUAGCAGAUUCCCCCAAUAAGAGACAGGACUCAGAUUGAGGGUGAAGUAGAACUGACUGUACUGGCACAUACAGCCUCUUUUAUUCACAUUCUAGAAACAUAGUACUGCCCACAGGGUUUUGCAGAACAACCAAUCAAUACGUCAAAAUCAUACAAAUUGGUCCAGUGGGUCAAAAGUUAGUUGGAAAUCCCUUUGUGACCGCCUGCAAGCAUGACUUGGGUGUGGUAAGCCAAUUACCUCCAGCAUACAGAAAAUAGCUCUAUUCACAACAACACAUAAAAAUACAUAAUUCAUAUUAUACUUAACAGAACCCCCACAUUCAACCUAUCCCCGGAUAGCUUGGAUCUGAGUGCUCACUAUAUCCGAACAGUGCUCAGAUUCCACAAAAACAGUCCAAUCGCCAUGGGGUUAAACCAUAGCAACAAGUUCCAGCUGGUCUGGCAGUGUCCCUGGGACAAUGCCCUGCUGGAGAACAAUAGACAGGAAACGGGGGAGGGGCACACCUUCUCAUGUAUUCAAAGGGUCAGAAAAAGUGUUUGAAAAUCCAAUAAGCCCAAAUGUCUUUAAAGGGCAAUACAUCCCAGGGGACAUAGUCACAUGGCAGGAGGCUGUCAAUCAGUCUUCUCCAAUGCCCAGUGGCAAGGUCGGUUUCGCCACAGUUACCUAUUUUCUCUUUAUAGUGAUUUUCCUUGGUUUCUAGGUCUUUUCUGGUUUAUUUGCACUAUAUUAGCGGCCAAUUUCUCCAUCGGAGACCCCCUGUUACUUUGUUGCAAAGACCAUAUUGGUUGGGGCAAAGUGUUCAUUGUCCUUACCUUUUAUUCUCUCAUAAGGUUACUUGGCGGCUUUCUCUUUGUGGAAGAUAGAUGGUUUAGCGGUCAGUCAUUACUUUCAUGUAUUAGAUUUUCAUAUAACACUUUUUAAACACAUUUUACCUCAGAAUAUUGCUCUUUGUAUCCUAUAUUGAGGCUUUGUGUUUUUUCGAUAAAAUGCAUUUUUAUUCUGCUUUAGUAAUUUUAAAUUUAUUCUCUUUGUUUUGGUGAGGAUAUUUUGUUUGAUCAUCUCUCCAUUUUACUUCUUUUGUAUAUUGUAUACAUUGAAUUGCAUUCAGCAUUUCAUAUUUUAAAGAUUCUGUAGUUCCAUUUGCUAUUGGUUUUUCCUAUAAGGAUACAGUCUCUAAAGUUUAAAACAUUGAUUUCAGAUCCUCUAACCCUAGUGAUGGAGAAAAUGAACCUUAUUUUCAGAUUCCUCUGGAUAGAACACAAUAAUUUGCAGACAUUCUAUGUCUUAAUUAAGUCUAAAGUCUAAACUCUGUGGAUACGAUGACCCAUACCUUUUCUAAGGCAUUAUUACAAGCACUAUCACAAGCUAUUUCGGAUGACUCUAAUAAUAUUAAUUUACCAAAAACCCUUGAUCCCUAUCAGGUUCUGUCUUUCAUUUCAGAUUUUGAUUAUGCAACUUUAGCUUGGGAAAGUUAUUGAUAAAUCUAAGUGCUUUUCACAACAGAUCUCUACAACAACUUUGAAAUUAGGAUUAACCCGAGUAAUGAAGACUUAAAAGAGCCCAUGCUUGUUGAGCAGAAGUGACAAAAAAAAUGUCUAAUGUCUUAAUGUUAGAAAGUAUUAUGGACUCUGAAUCAUGUACAGAUGAGGAGACAAAGAUAGAGUCAAUACACAACUCAGACUUGAUAUCUCAGAUUCCGUAUUUCCAGUAUUUGUUGAGGAAAAAUGUUCUUUAGAAAAAGCGAACAACAAAGAUUUUGUUUGAUAGCAAAGGGUGACCAUACCAAUCCAGAAGAAUCUUCAGUUUGUGAAGUUGGCUCUGCUGGACUAAAUUACACGGUAUUUGGAACACAAAAAUCAUAAACCCUUAGACAAGUCUAGUCGAUAUGAACUUAGUGUGAAUGACCUUGACCUUCUAUUCCCAACAAAGUUUGUGUUUCUCCUGUGGUUGGCCUUAAAUGGUUCAGUACCUCACUAAUCAUGAUGCAAUUGUCAGAGACAGGUAUAGAGUUUGUAAUGAAAGCAUGCCAAGAUAAAAUUUUAGAUAAUUCUGUAUCCCUUAACAAAAUAUUUGAUUUGGUGGAAGAAUCACUAACCCAUGAACAACUAGUUCAGUCUUAAAGGAAAGAAAAAUAUUAUGUUUUAUGAGACAAUGCAAAUACUUCUAUUGCAAUUAGACAGUUUAUAAGGCUUGGAAUCAGAGAGAAUGUUGAUUCUAGUAGUAACACCCUUUUGGCAAACACAACCAUGGUUACCGGAAUUUUAUAUUUGAUUUAUAUUCCACAACUCUUUCUUUCCAUGCCAAAUCUUCCAUCCAGUCAGAUGCACAAACUCCAACAACAAAACCUUCUGAAUGUUUCUACUUGGAAGAUCUCCAUUUACCUGAUUUUAUCAAAGGAGUUUCAGAAUCACUUUUCUCUCUAUUACAGCAAGCUUGAGCUCCAAGAACUAGAAGAUCUUCUAAGUGUGCAUGGAGUGUCUGGUCUCAUUUCAGUAUGGAACACGAUUUGGAUCCCAUUUCAGCAACUCCUUGUGUUUUACUGUCUUUUUCUGACUUCCAUUUUUGAACAUGGGAAAGCUUACAGAACAAUAAACUUUUGUCAAUGUGUUAUAUUGUUGGGCCAUAGAGGAAUUGAUAUGAUUCCAGCUGGCGAGAGUUUUACUGUAUGCUAUUUAAUGGUAUUAGACUUUCCAGAUCUCCUCAACCCAAAUAUGUUUCCAUCUGAGAUGUGAAUGUUGUUCUUAAUUUUAUUGAACAAUGGUCUGUCAACACUUAUUUAUCUAUUCACCAACUCUCAUCUAAAUUAGUUGUACUCAUGCAAGGUGGUCUCAUAUGUACAUGGAGCCCAUUCUUGUGGCGUUUUAGGGGUAAAAUUUAACAUUUCUCCUCAUACUAAGACUUCUAUCACUUAAGUGUUUUAUCCAUCUUUUUCAGACUUACCAAAUCUGUGUUCGAUUUCUUCAUUGAUUUAAUAUAAUUUGAUCAGCUUUUCAAAUUAUAUUAUAAAGAUAUCAUGAAAUUAGCAGGCUGGUCUCAAUUUUCUUAAUUUAAUUAUUCAAUUUUUCUUUGUGGUAAUUGAUAAGCUUUCAAAUUACUUGAUAGGAGCCACCGUGACUUGUAAUAAAAUCCCAAGAUUUUUUUUAAGUCGUUAUGGAAAGUCAUGAUUUUAUUAAAGACACGAAGGGGAGUAUUAGCACUAAUCCUUUAAAAAAAUAAAUAAUAAUAAUAAUGUUUUUCCCUACUCAUUAACUCAUUAGCUCUUAUAUAAUAUUUAAUGUAAUUAUUGAUUAUAUGGCUCUCAUAACUUAAAUAUGAUACUGUAAAAAUUAUCAUAAAAUAUUAUUAUUAUCAUCAUCAUUAUUAUUAUUAUUAAAUGUAUUUGACUUAUUUUUAUUGUUUCAGCUCAAAACAAGUUUUUAUGAUUAUUAUUUUCUGUUGUCUCCGCUGAUGGAAAUUCCCUAAAUGCUUUUCUUGUGAGGACUUGUUUUUGUUAAAAUUCAUUUGUUUGCUUCAUUUUCCACAUGUUUGUGAAUUAACACAUUUAGAGGACUUUAUUUCUGUUCAUCUUAUCGCAUCAAAGAAAGAUGGCAUUAGAAUGUUCAUGCAACUAUUUAUUAUCUGUGCUAACGUCUUAUUGGUGGGACGGGAUGAUGCCACCUAUUCCUGUGGAAAUGUACUCUUUAUUUCUGUGUGCUAAUGUUAUUUGUUUCUGUUAUUUGGAAGUAAAGAAAGAUAAUUCCAUACUUGUCAUCUUUGUGUCUUUAAUGAAAUCAUGACUUUCCAUCAUGACCACAAUUUUUGACUUUUUAUGUGCUUCAUGCUUCAGCGCUAAGUUCCCUUGCUCUGUGAGUAUGUGUGGAUUAUUACUUUCUGGCUGGUUUGCCGUUGCUCCUAGAUGCUUCCACCUCAGAAUAAUAGCACUUACAGUUGAUCAGGAUAGAUCCAGUAAGGCAGAAAUUUCAGGAACUGAUUUGUGGUAAAAGUGAAAUACUGUGACAGUGACAAAUUUAAAGUCAUUGAGCUCAUCAGUGUCUGUCAAUAGAGAUGUAAUUUAUAUAUGUGGCAAAACUAUUUGCUGCUGUACGGGGCCAUUCAUAUGGCAAACGUGUCCAGAUUUUGUCAUUCAGGCCUGACACUGAUCUGGGUUUCAGCUGGACUGAACGCUAGUGGAAUACUGAAAUCUGGAUAAAAUUUUGCAAGCUCGGACCAGCCGCUACAUAAUUAGUUUCUUUUUACCCAUUGCAAUAGUACUUAAAUUUAAUUAUAAAUAUGAGGCUCAUAUUAUCCUCUACUUUAUUUACUACUUCAAAUAGCAGCAAAUGUAAAAUGCAAUGUAAAUUCAAACAAACUUAAAACUGGACCAAACAUGAUAAUAUAGAACAUUUAAUUCAACCAAUCAGGAACAGUCUCUUAAUAAAUAUAAACAGCCAGGUCUCUAUUUUCUUGUGUUGCUUUGUUAUAAUUUUUUCUAUGUUUUUUUUCUGUGCUUUAAUUGGAUUUAUUUAUUUUUAAUACCUAUAAUUUUAUUACAAUUUAAUUUGUCUAUUUACCCUUUUUUUUUUUGUCUGUUUUCUGAACUCACUUUGUCGAUUCUGUUUGAAUUUGCCGCAAGCUCCGUUCUCUUGCUGCCAUUUUAUUGGAGUCUAUGCUCCUUAAUCGUGAAGCAUGUGGUUUCCUGUGCAUGCACUAAACACUCAAUUUGCCGCUCAUGAAGUAUCCCAACCACUGACUGCCAGUAAGGCUUGUAUGAUCCCGGUAUUUGAUCCCACCAUUGUCCAAUAUUUAAGUAAAUUAAGUAAAGAGCGACCAAGAUAGCAUUUGAGACAUUCUCGGAUCAUUAGCUAAGAUUUUUGAUUUACCAGAGAAGUCAUUAAAAACUAGUAAACUCGAAUAUGUUCAAGUUUUAGGAGGUUAGAUUCAAACUGUUAUAUUCCUUUUAGGUAAUGCUAAUUUUGCUCUGGCAUCAGAUAGACGAAGAGACAAUCUUCUAAAAUUAGAUGCACAACUCAUUGUAAUGGAUAUUUCAGCGUAUGGACCAGAAGCCUUAUUGUUUGGGGAAUAAUUUAUUGAAAACAUUGGAAAAUAUGUUUAUAUUUUUUCCUCACUAAAUAAAGCUCAAAUACAUUUAAAACAGGUUUUCCAGAAUAACAUUUUUGGAAGGGCCUAAAAAAGCGAGAACCAUUCUUCUAUCUGAAUUUUUCAAUCAAGACAAUAUUUCAAAGGUUCCUACUAUAGGAGAAAUAGAACCCAUAAAUAAAUCUCAUAAAAUUAGCUUUUUUUCCCCAAAAUGAAGACGACCAUGGAGAUCCAGAGGCCAGAGAGGAUUUUCUAGAUCAGUGGUUCCAAACCCAGUCUUCGAGUACCCCCUAACAGUCCAGGAUUUAGGGAUUACCCAGUUGUGUCUAAGGUGUUUUUAGAAGAAAAAAAAAACUUUCCCUGAAUCCUGGACUGCUAGGGGGUACUUGAGAAAUGCGUUGGGAACCCAUGGUCUAGAUCACAAAAUUUUUCAGGUAUGUCCACUGGAACCUGUUUUUUCAAAGGGAAAUUGGGUGUGAGAAUCACACAUUUUUUCCAUUACUUGUCUCAAAUCACUUCAGAUAUGUGGGUUCUCAAUGCAGUGAAGAGAUUUAAAAUAGUUUUCGUACAUUAUUUGGUUCAGAAGGAAGAACCUCUUCCUUUACAUUUUCAAAAAUCUAAAGUUUCUGAAUGCUUGGGAAUAAUACAAGCAUUUUAAAAUGGAGAGUAUUCAUUGUCUGAGGGGUUUGCUACAACAGGGAAACUGUCUUAUAAUGGUAGAUGUAAACAAUGUAUAUCUUUCACUCACCUUUCAUCUGGAUUAUUACAAAUUUCUUAAAUUUAACUGGAAGAAGAAAAAAAUGGCAGUUCACCUGUCUACCCUUUGGACUGUUAAUGGCAUUUUGGUGCUUUACAAAGGUGUUAAAACAAAGUCAAGGUGUCCAGAUGAUAAUAUACAUUUUUUAAAUUAUGGCAAAAAACCUAUAUUAUAACACUUCAUUCACAUUUGACUUUGGAUCUCUUACAAAAUCUAGGUUUCUUUUGUAUCAAUUGGAUGAAAUCUUCUCUAAAACCAUUUUAACAGAUUAAAUUUUGGGUUUUUCUAACAAAUUUAAAUGUACAAGCACUCAGUUUACAAACUCAAAAAUUUAAAGUGAUUCACAAAGAAGGUACUACAGAAUGCCUCUAUAACCCUCAGACUUCCUGUAAGCAUCGUUAGUUUACUUUUGGCAUCAAUUUAAGCAAUCUUCCCAGCCCACUCCACUAUCGAGCAUUACAGAGACCUCAAACCAUCUUACCAUUGAAGCAAAGGACAACUUAAUUUGAUAGUUACGACACAGAAUGGCUUGGAAUGGGAAGCCAUUUUUGGAUCCUUUCCAGAUAUAGUCAUAGAAUCGGACACAAGUUUUCAUGGAUGGGGAGCCCGUUGUGAAAAAAAUUGAAACAGACGGUCAAUGGUGUUUAGAGGAACCAGCAAAACACAUCAAUUUUUGCAUGGAAAUGAGAUUUGGAUCCCUUGCAUGCAGAUAUUUCCAAAAUUUUAAAUAUUCUUUCCUAUUGUUAGGAUGAAGGAAAAGCUUACCGAACUAUCAAUGUUUACAGAUCAUCAAUUUCAGCAAAUCACAUAUUUAUCAAUAAUCUUCCAGUAGGAAAACAUCCUGUUGUUUGCAGAUUAAUAAAGGGCUUUCGAAUAAAGAGACCUCCACAACCUAGGAUGUUUGAAUCUUAGGAUGAUACUGAAAAUCUUGCAUUAAAACAUUUGUCAUGGAAACUUACUAUAUUGUUGUGUUUGAAUUCUUUUAAAAGAAUAUCAGAUGAUAAAGUGUCACUAGCAGGCAUUUUGUGUGUAAAUUAUAGGCUAUUUAGAAGAACUAAAACUAUGAUUCAGUCAGUUUCUUUUACCCUGGUUUUGCAGAUAAACCAAAACUAUGUGCAGUACAAUGUUUAAAUAUUUAUGAAAAAGGAAUUUUAAAUAUAAGGAAUACAUUUUUCGCUACUAACUUUUACUACAAUUACUAAGCUGGGAGGAGAGUGUUGUGAGGUGUUCCAAAGUAUUAACACACGGGAACUGCUGACAGAGCCGCCAUGAUUUUACUAAACAGACAGAGACAAAUAUUAUGGUUAAACCUUUCUUCUCUCAAAAGCAGCAAAGAAGACAUUUAACAGAAAACACAAUUUAUACAGAUCCAAUGGAAUACAUAGACACAAAUUACAUGCUUUUCUUCCACCAAAACAUCUUAUCAGUGGAGAUGGUAAAUAUCAGUGCACACGUUCCACAGUCCGUUUUCUUUGUAAUGAGCAGUGUUUGACUCAAGUGUUCGAAUAUAAUGCGAGGCCUGAAGUUGACAAGCAUUAAAUACAUAAAAUUAUCACCACUGGUAGUGUUUUAGGGACACAAGAGAGAAGUGAAGAAAGUCAAGGUAGCUGAGGCAUUCAAGUUUAAAGAUAUCGAAAAGCAUUUGCAUUAGAUACGGUCCGAUCAGAUCAAAUGACUCCUUCAUCCAAAGUGAAUGUUGAUGGGAUUUCAAAAACCGUUAUUUUCUUGUUCAUUUGGUCACUAUAAGGGAAGAUUUAAUCAAUGUGAAAGGCUGUGGUGUCAGGGGGAUGUGUGCAGCCUCAGUUAUACAUAUCCAAUGAUCCAAGGUUUGCUGAAAGGUACAAGUAAAUUAACUUGAAGUCAGAGUCUGGAGCCUCAGUGUGAGCAUCAUGAGGGUUCUGAAAAAGAUUGGCAUUUCAGCGUUCCAUCUGGAUGAUUGCCUCCCUUAUCAAAGCCACCCAGGCUAAAUCUAUGGCCACGGGUGCAGCCUGGCAAACUGGCAAACUCUCCCAGGAUCCCGACAGGGUUGGCAAGGAAAGUAUUGCUUUACUUCCAAGGGGAAGCAGAAAAGAAACACCUUAUGCAAUCAGAUUGGACACUGAGUGAAUAUUCCUAGGAGACAGAUAAACUCUCUUUCUUUAAUAAUUUCGACAAAGUGACAGCUUGGGCUGACGGCAACUCUGUUCGGCAGCAAUGGGACAUGGCAUUUGAUGGGGCCCCUAAUUUACCUCUGUGUUUUCCAAAAAGGAAGGUGUUUCUUCAUUUAGCCCAAGCUACAACAAAGCAUUUAUUUUGGAUUUGUUGUGGUGGAUCCUCAACACAUUUGGUUGAGAAGAUUUAGGUUUCAAAGUUGGUUCCUGUUUUCUUUACUUAUUUGUUGUGUUUUAAUUUUUCUUUUUACAUUUAACCCUAUGCAUGCUAGUUAACACUAGUUCCACAGAGAGGUAUAAUAGGCUUAUGCCUCUUAUGCCCCAUUUCCUACAGGAUGGCUGGAACCAUUUUUUCAUAACCCAUCACCUAAGCAGGAAGCGCCCCCUUUGACCUAUUGUGUUUGUUUCCUCUCUUUUCCAUAACCUGUUUGAUCAGUUGUGCUUUUUUAAUUGAUUUAAAAAUGUUCAAUUACUUUGUUGCUGCCUAUUUUAUUUGUAUUUGUGCUUUAAAAAUAAAGAAUUAGAAAACAAAAUCUACAAAUUAAUACAUUUUUGCCAACGGGUAAGGGUGUUGUUAAUUACUAACAAUGCUUUUUGAGCUCUUACCCAAUGGAAAUGGUGAAAAGGCAUAAUUCUGACCUCAAGACAUGUCUUCUACAAAAGAAUCUACCAGUAGAGUAUCUGGGUCUGAUUUCCAGAUGAAAAAGUUUGGAAUUUGGGAUUCUGUCUAAAUGCAAACAGGUUGACCUGAAAUACAUUUGAGAUCAAAUAUAUAAUAUUAGAUUAAAUUAGAAUUGAAUUUCAAAUAAAUGAGAAUUGAAUUUGAAUGUAAUCAGAAAAGAGUUAUUAGAAAAAAACUGCGGAAAACAAAAAUCUGACAUAUAAAUAUCUUCCAUACAUUAUCUAUCUGAUAGCUGAGCACCAAAUUAUAUUUUGACCACUGAAAGACUCCCUUACAUAGCACUUGCUGUAUUAAACCUAAUAUAAUGAUCUGACAGGACUGAUACAAACUCACAAUAUAGAGGUAAAAUAGUGUAAACUGGAUGAGACUCAACAAUGAAACAAAUUGUCCCAAGAAAGAUGGCCACCAAGUCCACGACUGGUAAAAUGGCCACCAUGAAUGACAAGAGACCAUGAAAGUAACGAAGAUGUGAGAACUAUGUGUGAUGGCCAAUGGUCUCCAGUGCUUGUGCUACCAGAAACAAGAGAAAAACAAAACUACAGCAAAAAGUAACGACAAUGAUCACAAUAAAGUGAGAAGAAUUUAUGGAAGUAUAUCUAAAUGAACAAGAAAGUAAAGAACAAUUUACAUAAACUAUUAGAAAAAAAGGAGCAAUAACAUUUUUUUUGUAAAAACACGGAGGCAGAAUAUCCUCCAAGAAUAGCAAUACAAACAAUAAAUAAAUGGAAAAAGAAAAACAUAAAUUCACUGCAAGAAAAUGUAAUCAUAUCACAGCACAACUACAUUGGGUGAUACUUGUCUGCAGGGACCAGCAACAAAGGCUAAUAUUGUAAUUUGUGCACUGCAAUUUAUCACCUGUUGGGAAGGAGUGAUCUAAUCUGUAACCGUGUCAAUGUAUUCCUUUUCCUCUGUAUAUUUGAUGGUUUCUGUUAGUUUUUUUUUCUUUGCUGCUAUUGGGGAAAAAAGAGCUUGAGAUCAUACCAGUUUCUGUGUCUUUAAUAAAAUCAUAUAAGAAAGAAAUAGAUAGGUACAGACCCACCUAAUGAGGGCGCUAAACACUACAAACAAGUGUAUAAACGUAAUAUUGAAAAUAUCAAAAAUUUAUUCCGCACACUUCGCAGUGAAUAAAAAUAUAAAAAUAUAAAACAAUAUACAAAUGUAUACAUAUUGUUUUAUAUUUUUAUAUAUUUUUAUUCACUGCAAAGUAAAUUUUUUUAUAUUUUCAAUAUUACGUUUAUACACUUGUUUGUAGUGUUUAGAGCCCUCAUUAUUUAUUCUGCACACUUCGCAGUGAAUAAAAAUAUAUAAAAAUAUAAAACAAUAUACAAAUGUAUACUGUUUUAUAUUUUUAUUCACUGUGAAGAAUAAAUUUUUGAUAUUUUCAAUAUUACGUUUAUACAUUUGUCUGUAGUGUUUAGCGCCCUCAUUAGGUGGGUCUGUACUCAUCAAUUUCUUUCUUAUUUGGUUUUAUAGGCUAUUUGGGUGUCAGUUUUUCACCUAUAGUGUAUAUCUAUAGUACCUUUUAUCUGGAUCUAUUUUUGCUUGUAUUGUAUUUAAUAAAAUCAUGACUUUCUCAUUAGACUUACUAAAAAUCAAGAGAUUAGCCCACACACUCUGAUAACCUCCAUUUAUCUAAAGAGUUCAGUUUUUUAGUUAUGGUGCGCACCCGUUAUUUUAUUUUAAGAUGUGCGCAUUUAUUGAAUAUUCAUAAGGACACGUGUCUAUUUAUCAAACAAACUAAAAUCACGCAAUACCAAUAUGUUUAAUAAAAGUAACCGUGUGACCCCAGGGAAUACUUGACAACAAUCAAAAGUUAAAUGUUCUGUCACUGGUUAAGUAACCUUAUAUUAUUGUUAUUACAAUUACUAUUAUUUUACUAAUUUACCACAAUUCCCUUUUUAGUAGAUAAUGUAUCCCCAAAUGUUAGAUGAAUUAUAACUGAAAGACAAUCAUCCUAUUAAUAAGUUAUGGUUUACUGUGGAAAUGUUGGCAGGUAUGAUAACGGUUCUAGAGUUUUGCAUGUGUGAUCACAUUAUAGCAUUGACUAGGUUAAAAUUCUUUGCAGCAGACAAAAAAAGCAAAAUUAAACAAGAGAAGACUAAGAAACAAGAGAUGAAUAAAGUGUUGCCAAAACAUAUUUCUGAUAUUUUUUGUUUCUUAAUUUCUAUGUACAGAAUAUCCUACUCCACCCAACGUUACGAUCAGUAAGCUUCUGUAUAGUCGGCAAAGGACAGAAGUGGACCUGGAAUGGAUGACCCAAGGAAUUGGUGACCUUACAGGUUUUAUGGUACAGAGGCAAGCCAGUAUCCGGUCCUUUACUGGUCCAAGGAGGUCUGCCCAGACUUCUUCAUGGGACACUGUGGCUAGUGACAUAGAACCAGAAAUUCGAGGACACAAACUUGGAGGUUUAGACCCUGCUAUUGUGUAUGCCUUCAGAAUUAUUGCUGUUAACCACAGGACGACAGGGUUCCCAUCAGAAGUGAAAACACCAGGUAAGUAGAGAUAGAUUGUAAAUAUGCCCUCACAAAUUAAAUUGACUCCAUAAAAUUACAUGGUAAUAUUUUUCCAAACAUAAUAAGAUAAUAUGAGGAAGUGGCCACAACCUUGAAUAACCUUCUCAGGGCCGUCUUUAAUAAUGAUUGGGCCCUGGGCAAGCAUUUGAUAGGGCCCCCUGACCCUAACUCCCUGGCAUGCAGUCACGAUCUCCACUUCCCAACGCAGUAACGGAACCAAUUUCACAUGCUUGCAGAGUUGUAUUUAGCACUGAGUUGUGUUUGUGUGUUUGAAUGGAAGCAUGUUUUUGUAUGGAGUGUGUUUGUGUAAAUGUAGGGGUGUGUUUGUAGGUGGUGUUGGUGUUUGAAUGCAAGCAUGCAUCUAUGUGUAUUUUUUUUUUAAUGCUGGGUGUAACACAAAGAUGUAUUUGUAUGUAUUGUUGACGUUUCAAUGCAGGACUGUGUUUGUAUGUAGUGUUGAAGGUUGAAUGCAGGGGUGUACUUGUGUGUAUUGUUGGCGAUUUGAAUGAUGAGAUGUACGUACAUGUACACAUACACUGCCACACACACACACUGUGAUACACAAAUACACACUGAAACACAUGCAGAUACACAGAUAUAAACACUGACACUCACACUAACACACACGCAGAUACAGACUGACACAGAUACAAACACUAACACAUACAGACACACAGAUACACAACCUGACACAUACAGAGACAAAUAUACAAACACUGACACAUGAAUACUCAGACACAUUGAUACAUAUACUGACACACAUGCAGAUAAACAGAUAAAAACACUGACUACAUACAGAUGCACACACACAGAUAUACACACGCAGGUACACACACUGACAACAUACAGAUACACAAAGACAUACAAUGAUAACUUACAGAUACACACACUGACACAUACAGACACGCAGAUACAAAACCUGAGACACAUGCAAAGACACACAGACCACAUAGAGAAACAGAUAUACUAAAUACAGAUACACAGAUAUACAUACUGACAGACAUAAUGACACACUGACAUAGUGACACACACUGACAGACAUACUGAUACACACACAGACGGACACACACACACACACACACAGACACCCUGACAGACAUACUCACACACACAUACUUAGAUACACACAGACAUACUAAGACACACAGAAAUACUGACACACACAUGCAACGUUUACAUUUUUAGACAUUGACAGGCAUACUGACACAGUGACAGACAAACUGACACGCACAGACAGACAUACUGACACGCACAGACAGACAAACUGACAAGCACAGACAAACUGACAAGCACAGACAGACAAACUGACACGCACAGACAUACUGACACACACACAUAAGCCCUGACAGACAUACUCACACACACACAGACAUACUAAGACACACAUACUCACACACACAGAUUUACUGACACUCAAAUACCCUGACAUACAAACUCACACACAUACACACAUACUAAGACACACACAGACAUACUGACACACACAGAAACCCUGACAGACAAACUCACACACAGACAUACUGACUUACACAAAUACUGACACACACAUGCAAAGUUUACAUUUAUAAAGCCUCCCUCGAGCCCUACCUUAUGGGUUCCCUGGGGUCCAGCGGCAGGCUGAGGUCGUUGGGAGUGUGAGGCUCCUGCACUCCAGCUCCCUCCUGAUGGCCUCCUACUCCAUCCCGUGCAGCUUCAUUCUAUCUGGGAGGAAGUGACUCACGGCAGUCACUUCCUCCCAGCCUGCUGCAGUAAAACAAGGGGGCCAAAGUGCCCGACCGGGGCCUCUUAGUGUGGGGGCUCCCGGUGCAGCCGCAGCACCGGCAGGCCCAGGGGGCAAAUACAUUUUUUUGCGGACAGCGGGGCCCACGGGGUAGCUGCUUUGGGCCCCCCCAGGAGUAAGUGGGCCCGGGGCAGCUGCCCCGUUUGUCCCGCUUUAAAGACGGCCGUGAACCUUCUGAGGGACUUUGACAGUCCUUCAAUCUUCUAUUUCAGUGUUCCCACUCAGCUACAUUUCACUGUAAGAGAGAAAGUCAUUACAGCAGAUUAUUCAAGGGUUUGAAUUUAAUUAGGAAUUAGGGGAGAAGAUGUCAAUAUAGCGAUUUCUCUAUCCUCUAUUCCUAAGCAUUUGACACAAAGCAAACACUUAAAACAUUUGGGCCAGGAAUAAUAAGCUGGAUUUGAAAAUAGGGGUUGAAUAGUGGCUAUAAACCAGUUAGGGAGCAUUGAAGGGAAGAUAUCAGUGGCCAACGGAUGGCUAAUACAAAGGUUUAAAUGGUUACGGGUGCAUAUAAACACGUUGAUUCAAUAGCUGGUGUGAAUGAGGGAGGUUAAAGAGUUGAUAUGGUAAAUAAAGGUAUGUUGAAGAACAGUUAAAAAUAUGACAGGCUAGUAGGGUCAUACAAUUAGUGGGCAGGUGAUCAAUUAUGAAAAAAAACCUUCACUUUGAUGUCUGUUGCAUAGCUGUAUUCUACUCAAUUUGGUUUCGAGUUCCACAUAGCUAGUUAGUUUUUCUUUAGUGCAUUCACUCUCAAUAUUCCCCAGAACCUCUGUUUUUAUCAUUUAAUUAGUUGAUAUUUACACAUGAUACUUUUAAACCACAUAUCAUAAUGAACUUCAAUAAAAGUUCUCUUAUAUAGCAAUCCAACUUAUAACUGCAUUGGUGACUAUAAGAGACUACAAGAAUGUUCUCAAUUUGGAUAACUUAGACUGACAAUAAGGAUUCCAUUGAUCAACCUAUGUUCUACAGGUACUUCUGUACACAAGUAAUCACACAAGGAAAUCUUACUAAUUCCUUAGACAUCAGUUCCCAACCUGCAAUAUGUGUACCAUAUGGGGUGCAUACAUCAUGGCAAAAAGUAUAUGGAGGGAGGAAUCCCUGCAACUAGUAGGGAGAUCCAUAUGCAUUGCUUGGAGGGCUGAAACCCCAGAUGUGGGGUUGUGAUUGCACUGAAUACCUGGUUGAGUGUUCAUUGUUAGUUUCUGCUUGUUCUUUCAUUGAGAUCCUAAAGAGCAGCAGCUGUUCUUAGGUAGAGAUGGGACAUGACAUAAAAAAGGGGGAAAUAUCAAGACAGAUCUACACCUCUCUGUCAAACUCAUUAAGUUUUCCUUUGGGCUCCAACCCCAGUAUGCUUGGGACCUAGCAAUAGCCCUUGGGCAGAUCACAAGAUCACCCUGCCUGACCCAGUACCUAAUACAAAUAUCACUUAUUAGAAACCGGUCUAAUAUGAUGAAAUGCAAGUACUCAUGUCUGAACAGAGAGACUCCUUGUUAGUUAAUUAAUAACUAAUUAGAAAACAGUCUAAUACAAUGAAAUACUGGGAUUGUGUCUGACCAGAGAGACUCCUUAUUUUUCUUUGAAUUCUACUGCAUGGCUUUUCUUUUCUAUUCAUCCUUGAUUAAUUACGUGGAAAUGUCACCUUUCUUAAAAAGCUUAGUCAGCAAUUCAUUUUAAUCUGAUUUGAAUGUAUAUAUGCCAAAUAGAUUGUUACCAUUUACUAUUUGUUGAAAGAAAGUAUGGUUCAGCUUGAAGAACGAGAAGAAAGUAAUUAUUCAACAUUUACAAAGAAGGAGGUGAGGAAGUACAAGACAUAGUUUUGUAGAGGUAAACCAUUCCCAAAGGGAUAACUGUCUUAUAUAAACACUAACAUAAAUUAACUCUAUUAAAGAUAAAGAUAAACACUAUAAGGAGAUCUAAAAUUUAAAUUUAUAAGAUAAAUUUACUUUAUCACACGAGAUAAUGAAACGAAUGUGAAUGUGCAUUUUUCCGUAGUGCUUUGUGUAUGAUAUUGUUUUCAUUAAAUAUUGGUUUGAAACAUGAAUUUAAACAAUAUCGUAGGUUGUACAAGAUCAUAUAAAUAAUGAUAACACUCAUCAAAUCGCUGUGCAUUAACACAGGAAAUCUCUCUUACAUUACGUUACGGUGCUGGUAAAACACAGGUGAUUACUUUUUUGUGUAUAGUGAAGAAAUCAUAUUUUAUGUUAACUAAAUGUAACUUUCUAUUUGAAGAGAGAAAAAUCAUUCUGUAAUAUACAAUUUUUUAUACCAUAAAUUCUUCCUUCCUCUAGCGGACCCUCCAUUUAAUGCCUAUCCAGCUGUUAUAGGAGCUGGUGUAACUGGCAUGAUUGUAGCAACUGUUGCCAGCCUCCUGAUAUUUCAAUACAUUGUUCGGAAUCGAGAGAAUAAUCCAAGUAAGUAUUGUAACUCACACAGCCUCACAUACAUAUACAUUGUUAUAUUGAAGUACAUGUUUAUGUGAGCGCCAUUGCUAUUAACGCUUUCCUAUAUAUUAAAUAACAUAUAUCUGACCAGGCUUUAUUUGAAUGUGAAUAGCCACCCUUGCUUACAAUAUGUCAUACCUAUAUAUACACAGCUGGCCAGAUUUACAAUGUGUUCCGCUAUUGUUCAGUGUCUCUGCUUCCUGAGCUGGUCUCUACAACUUGUCUCAAUGGCUGAUGGCUGUGUGGUGAUAAGUAUAAUUUGAUUCAUGAGUUUCUACUUAGUACCUUACCUCAGAGGAGGGGCCUCUAUUCAGUACCUUACCUCGGAGGAGGGGUUUCUAUUCAGUACCUCACCUCAGAGGAGGGGUUUCUAUUCAGUACCUUACCUCGGAGGAGGGGUUUCUAUUCAGUACCUUACCUCGGAAAAGGGGUUUCUAUUCAGUACCUUACCUCGGAGGAGGGGUUUCUAUUCAGUACCUCACCUCAGAGGAGGGGCCUCUAUUCAGUACCUUACCUCGGAGGAGGGGUUUCUAUUUAGUACCUUACCUCAGAGGAGGGGUUUCUAUUCAGUACCUUACCUCGGAGCAGGGGGAUUUAUUUAGUAUUCUUCUCAAGAGGAAAGGUUUCUUUUCUGCACCUUACCCUGGAGGAUAUGUUUCCAUUUAGCACAUUUCCUAUGAAGAGGAGAUGUUUCCAUUUAGUAACUUUCCCAGCAGAAGGUGUUUCCAUCAAGUAUCUUUCGCAGAAGGAGAGAUUUCCGAUUAGUACCUUUCCUAUGAGGAGGAUGUUCUAUUCAUUAUCUUUCGCGGGAGGAGGGGUUUCCAUUAAGCACCUCUCCUAUAAGGAGGGGUUUCUAUUUAGUACCUUUCCCAGAAGGAGAGGUUUCUAUUUGGAACAUUUUCUUGGAAGAGGGAUUUCUAUUCUAUACCUUUCCAAGAAGGAGGGGUUUCAAUUCAGUGCCUCUUUAUAUAUUAUUUCUUGUAUUAUGGUCAAAAUGUGUAAAGAAAAUACACCUAAUGUGUUGAUUUGCUUCAUUAAAUCAUAUAUCAAAUGAUAUAUCAAAUGAUAGCAAGUAAGAGGGAAUUGUAGAAACGGUACAAUGCAGAAAUGAACUAGAAAUAUAACUUACAAGCCCAAGCUGAUGCCGAAGGAGUUGGCUUCAUCCUGGGAAAAGGGACUGACUUAAAGGACCACUAUAGGCACCCAGACCACUUCAGCUCAAUGAAGUGGUCUGGGUGCCAGGUCCAUCUAGGGUUAACCCUGCCUGCUGUAAACAUAGCAGUUUCAGAGACACUGCAAUGUUUACAUUAGGGUUAAUCCAGCCUCUUGUGGCUGUCUCACUGUGAGAAGAUGCCAGCGUCCAUAGUCCACUGGCUGUCUCACUGUGAAAAGACGCCAGCGUCCAUAGGAAAGCAUUGAGAAAUGCUUUCUAUGGACUGACUGAAUGUGCACGUGUUCAUGAGCAUUCAGCGGAUGACGUCGGAAGAGGGAGGUGAAUCACCAGCACCAAGGGAGCCCAGCGCUGGAGAAAGGUGAGUGUUUGACCCCUUCCUCCCCCUUCAGCGCGGUGGGAGGGGAACAUAGAGGGUGGGGGGGACCCAAAGACCCUAAAAUGAGUUUGUUUUCCUGGCACUAUAGUGGUCCUUUAACCCACAUUCUAUUCCCAUUGGAGAGCAUUAUGAGAGAUAGCUUCCCUUAUCUAGGCUGGUUUCAGAUGUCACGGCCAGAAUCACAUGGUGCAAGGAAGCCAUGUGGUGGAAAUGAAUCCUACAUUUCUGAAAAUCCAUGGAGGAAUGUCUGAUAUUGUGUAUGAAACUCUUUCAAUCCAACCACAAUGAUUACAUGCACCCAACCUAUCACCCAAAGUGAGAACAGAAUCCUACCACUUUCCCCAUCUGUAUUUGAAUCUGCAUCCUACCCUUUGCCAAUAAAAUGCCACAGGUAGAAAAGAACACCUGCCCAACAAACCACUCAAACAAUGCUAUUCUCAUAUUAAAAUUUUGGUUUAAUCAACAACUUAACAGGAGUACACAGUAACAGGAAUAUCAAAGUAUUUUACCAGUAAAUCCACAUUUAGCUUUGACAGGUUUUCAGGUGCCUGCUGGAGUCUAGAUGCAGGCUUGUUUUUUAACACAGGGCAAAAAGAGCAGUUUACCUGUGUGGGGUAAUAAAACCAGCUUAAUUACAGGUAAACCUUUCUUCAGUUACUUGUUGCCACAACUCCAGUUCCACUGGGGAAUUUAACAUGUAAGACACUAUAGGCACUUACAUGGUUAGAUGUAUCCCAGGUCCAUUGGCGUUGGAUUAAUCCCCUUUGUAGAAAUCACCGAAACCAGCCAAAUAGUUCACACUCAUCAGGAUCAUAGAAUAAUCCACCAAGGAGAUCAUGGAAAGUGCAUACUUUAUUAUAGAAAAAUGGUUAACAACAUGUCAUAAAAAUAUGCAUAGACCUCAUAAGUGACAGGCAAUCCAAAAUCUUUAAGCAUAUGUCAAUUAAUACAGACUUAGGUUAAAAAAUACAAAAACGUGCAAUAAUACAUAAAUACAAAAAUGGAAAAACCUGUCCCUGCCAGAAGGGGGGGGGGAGAAACAAAACUUACAGUAACUCUGGACACAUUUGUGCCUGCCCUGAUGCUUUAUCCUUUCUUGUAUUUUUGUAUUAUUGCAUUAUCUUCUCUCUGAGGGAGAAAGAGUCUGCAUUAAUUGGCAUGUGCUUGAAGCUUUUGGAUUGCCUAUCACAUAUGAGGUCUGCAUAUUUCAUUUUAUGUAGAAAAGAUAAUGGAUUCCGCACUCUCCAGGUUUCCAGAGCGCUCAGGACACUCAAGAAUAAAAGCCAAAAUAGCAGCUUUAUUUAGAGCAAAACAGCAGUAGCAAUGGCAGAAAAACAAGGCUUUCAAACAUACAUGGCUCAUGGACACUGUGAAUAUGCCCAUAGCUCAAAUAAAGCCAAGUUGGCUGGCUGGACUUUUUAAAGAACUUCACAACUGACCAGUAAGGGAGCAACCCAUGCACCCCUUCUGGUUGACCAUGGCUUAGUCCUUUAGUGUGGCCAGGUGACCAGCACUUCUACUUCCUGCACAACGUUAGACCUCACAUGGCUAGAUACAGUUUCUGCUUCUGUGUAAUUAUAUCAAUGCUAAUAACGUGGGGUUAGGGUGCACAGGAAGUCUUUACCACAUUACAGAAGGUACAGAUAUAGCUGUGUAUAUUUUACAGUAUUGUGAUUACUCUCUGCGCUCGGCAGUGUAUAUGUUGAAGUAUUGUGACCACUUUGUGCUCGUCAGUGUAUAUUUUACAGUAAUGUGACCGGUCUCUGCACUCCCAGUGUAUAUUUCGCAGUAUUGUGAUCACUCUCUGCACUCAUCAGUGUAUAUUUUACAGUAUUGUGACUGCUCUCUGCGCUCAUCAGUGUAUAUUUCCCAGUAUUGUGAUCACUCUCUGCGCUCGACAGUGUAUAUGUCGCAGUAUUGUGACCACUCUCUGCACUCGGCAGUGUAUAUUUUUCAGUAUUGUGAUCACUCUCUGAGCUCGGCAGUGUAUAUUUCACAGUAUUGUGAUCACUCUCUGUGCUCAUCGGUGUAUAUUUUACAGUAAUGUGACCGGUCUCUGCGCUCGGCAGUGUAUAUUUCGCAGUAUUGUGAUCACUCUGCGCUCAUCAGUGUAUAUUUUACAGUAAUGUGACUGCUUUCUGCGCUCAUCAGUGUAUAUUUCACAGUAUUGUGAUCACUCUCUGCGCUCUGCAAUGUAUAUGUCGCAGUAUUGUGACCAGUCUCUGCGCUCGGCAGUGUAUAUUUUGCAGUAUUGUGAUCACUCUCUGCGCGCGGCAGUGUAUAUUUUACAGUAUUGUGAUCACUCUCUGUGCUCUUCAGUGUAUAUUUUAGAGUAAUGUGAACAGUCUCUGCGCUCGGCAGUGUAUAUUUCACAGUAUUGUGAUCACUCUCUGCGCUCAUCAGUGUAUAUUUCACAGUAUUGUGACCGGUCUCUGUGCUCGGCAGUGUAUAUUUCACAGUAUUGUGAUCACUCUCUGCUCUCGGCUGUGUAUAUUUCACAGUAUUGUGAUCACUCUCUGCACUUCGCAGUGCAUAUUUAGCAGUAUUGUGACUGCUCUCUGCACUUCGCAGUGCAUAUUUAGCAGUAUUGUGACUGCUCUGUGCACUCGGUAGUAUAUAUUUUGCAGUAUUGUGACCACCCGCUGCUCUCGGCAGUGUAGUUUUCACAGUAUUGUGACAAUUCUCUGCAAUCUGCAGUGUGUAUUUCACAGUAUUGGGAACACUCCCUGCAUUCAGCAUUGCAUAUGUCACAGUAUUGGGACCACUCCCAUAUUUCAACCCCACCAUUGCAGCCACUCGCUCUAACUCUUUUUUCGUCAGCAAGCAUUGUGGACAAGAGGUGCAGGCGCAGCAAGCAUCACACUCCUUCAAUCGUACUCUCUAUGAGAAGCAUCAGAUGCGAUUUUUUGAAAGAACAGAGUCUGAUUAAUUUCUUACAGGGAAAAUGCCAUCUAGUGGUGUUUUUAGACAGCCACCAGAAUUUUAAUAGCCAUGAAAUUAAAACAUUGCUGUAUGUUAAAAACAGCAAAUUUUAAACAUUGCAGGAACAAAAUAAAAGGGGUCACAAAACCUAGAAAGGCAAAAUAUUAUGUUAAAGAACAACUGUGAACUCAAAACUAUUUUCUAAUCUAAUAAUUCUUUCAUCGAGUCUAGUAGGCUAUUAACAGAGCAGAAGAUAAAAAAAAAAAUCUAAAUUAAACAUACUUUGCUAUAAAGGAAAUGUAAACAUUAAAUAACUCUUUAUAGGAAGUGUUUAGGAAGAUUGUGUAAGUCACAUGCAGGGAGGUGUGAUUAGGGUUGUAUAAACAAAGUGAUUUCACUCAUAAAUGGCAGAUGAUUGAGCAGUGAGGCUACAGGGGCAUGAUCUAUACACCAAAACCGCUUCAUUACGUUAAAGUUGUUUUGGUUUACUAUAGGAUCCCUUUGACCAUUUGCCCUCUGGCUGCUAACUCUGCCAGAUGGAAAAUAGUUUGAAAUUUUCUUAAAUCCGUGCCCAGAUUUGAAGUGUCCAGGUUCGGAUUCCAGCCAUCUGGCGGCUGCAGUCUUGCUGACAUCUGGACAAAAUCGAUGUCCGUUUAGUGGCAAAAUCUGGACAUUGGUAAAUAGGGUUAACAAUAUCUGAAUUUUGCAGUUUUAAUUGCCUUGUAUCCGGGUGGUUUUGUUCCAUUCGAACUUUGCAUUUCAACAAUUGUGACUUUAGGGAAUGUGACAAAAGGGACUCUGAUGUGUCACAUGGCACAAGAGGCAGUACAUCUCCCCUCCAGCUGGGACCAAAAGAGAUUGUGAUACAGACUGUCCUGCUGAGAUAUCUGCUGGGAUGAUCUAGAUAACCGAUUGUUGUCAGGGUGAAUGUGAAAGGGGGAAGGGAAUUGUAACAUAUAAUAUAGUUGUAAAUUGUGUGUUGAGUGUUUAAAAAUGUCUGGCUACUAUAAAAUAAAGUCAGUUGCUGUUGUUUGGUUGUCUCUUCCCUGAGCGACUCAAAGCCCAGGUCAUAGCAAUAGCACUCAGUAUAUCGAUCAGCUGUACAAGUUAACACAAGUAACCACGGACGACACUAAGCCUGAACUGUUGCACCAUUGGUAACAGAGACACAAGGGCUGUAUCAUCACAGGGAAAAACCUAGUAAAAACAAAGAAAACGUUACCUGCGCUCCGGCCUAAAUCCCCAUGUGCUUUUAAACAAAAAUGGAGGCUCUUUGGUUUUAUUCUAAUGGCCAUUUGAAUAUAUAAGCUCACCUGCCACGUCAAGGCAAGCCUCAAUAGGUGAGUUCCUACACUAGCCAUUAGAUAUGCUGAUAUCAGCCAAGAGUCUCCAGUGAGACAGGAAGGGGUAUUUUAUAAACCCUUUAACAUUUAACCCUUUGAGGCUUGCCUUGACGUGGCAGGUGAGCUUAUAUAUUCAAAUGGCCAUUAGAAUAAAACCAAAGAGCCUCCAUUUUUGUUUAAAAGCACAUGGGGAUUUAGGCCAGAGCGCAGGUAACGUUUUCUUUGUUUUUACUAUGUAUUUUAAGCUGUUGGAUACUAAGCCACUGCUGCUGUAAGCGCAGUGCUUUAUCUUUGUGUUUGUACAGGGAAAAACCUGUAAAUGAAUAACUCUGCUGCUUAAUAUGAAGCUGGGGAAUUCAUCACACUGUGUGCAGGAGCACAUUUAAAGACUUUAUAUUUGUAGUAAAUUAAAUCUGUACUCCAACAUUGUGUUAUAAGGUAAGGUGUUAACUGCAAUAAUUUGUAUGUAACCAAAACUUACAAAUAAUUAACUCAUAUAUAAAUAUUGAUAUGCCUAUACAAAACUUACAAAUAAUUAACUCAUAUAUAAAUAUUGAUAUACCUUUAUAUAUUUGUAUUAAUUUGUUUUAUUACACAGGGCUCCAUGAUCUGUUCUUCAGACCGUAAGUGAUGUUAUUAUAUUUUCAUGUACAUCAUACCUUGUUUCCUUGAAAUUAUUAUAGAUAUAUAUUUAUCCUUUAGAUGUUUCGAGGGUUUCACAGCAGUUCCAUCACUGCCAUGUGACUUCUUUCCUCCCAAUGUGUAAAUAUGUGCUAAAUUUAGAUUUAAAUGUAAAACAGUACAAAAUGAAAUUUAAUGUAUUCAGUGGUAUAAGUAAAAACCUUCUACUCUUUGAAUAAGUUAUUAGAGUUCCUUACCCUUAACAGUCUUGAUUAUUAUGGGGAUAUAUACCAGAUACAUAAAAAUAAAGAGAAAGAUAAUAUAGUGCCAAUGGUAACCCACUGAAAGGUGGAUGGACAUGCCAUUGUCCAACCCCUAAUAAAUAUUUUGACUUUGUGGCCCCAGUCCCCUAGCUAAUCCCCACGUCAAUUCCUUCCUCUAAAGAAAGAAACAUAAUAUCAGAUAUCUUCUUCUUCUAAGUCUUCCUUUCUUCUGCCCUCAAAAGGUUUAAAUAAAAUGUACAAUAACGCCAAGCAACUAUUAAAAUAAAAAAAAACUACUGGAUCAGAAAAGAAAAAAAUAGAAACAAAAUCAUGGCAGAAUACAAAUAAUCCAUUUUCACCAUGAAAAAGGUUCAGAACAGACUGAGCUUGCAGUACAUACUUUUUUGGAGUACAUACUUUUUAUGGAGUACAUACUUAUUUCUUUUAAUAGUUGUGUUGUAUUAUUAUGGAAUUUAUGUUGGUAUUUGUGGGUGUUAAAGGAAAGAAGACUUAGAAGAAAGAAGACAGCUGAUUCUAAGUAUGAUUUUUUUCUUCUACAGGUAUUAGUUUUAUUGGCCCCACCUCACUAUUAUUAGGGUGAGGGGGGUAAGUACUAGCUUUAAUUGUAGUGGUGAGUGGUUAGAGGCUUGCUGCCCCCGAGCUAACUGGGAGGGGAGUGGGUAAACUUAUCAAAAUAUUUUGGGGGAGUCGAUAUUGGCAUAUCCACCCUACUGUUUCAAUAUUAAUUUCAGUGCCCCACUAGCUGCCUUUAGGUGGAACCAUCAGUAUUAUCAAACCCCCUGUGACAGACCCUCUUUUAAACCCUUUGUUCGUCAAACAGUUCGUAUGGAAAAGAUUCACCUUUAUUUUGUUAGUGGCCAUUCGAAUAACAAAUUAUCUACCGAACGACCUACCACCCAGACCUGGAGCGUGGUGCUUGUUAACCUCAAUGCCAUUAUUAACACCUCUAAAAAUCAAGAACACCCUAACAUUCUAAGUGAUCAACUGGGUGGUUGGUGUUCGUAUGCAUGAACACGUGGUGGUGGCCAUCUUGGGAUACGAAUGCAGCCAGCUGUGUUUGGUUGUUGAGUGUAUGGAAGUAAAAUCGGACACUCGACGGCACGAACACCACUGGGACUUCCACUCCUCAUUCUGUUCAACAGUUAUUGCACGAAUGGAGCACCGUUCGUUAAACCUAGUUACAUUCAAUGCUCCUGUGUACGAACAGCCACAUUCGAUCCUUUUAAUGGAUUUUGACUGUACGAAAGAGAAAACAUGCAUGCGUUCAGUCAAAAGAGACUUCCACCUAACUCUUGAACCCCUGAACCGAUCUGGGUGAUUUUUCAAUAUGUUGUUCCCCCAGAUCAGGACUAUCAGGGGAUAUGUGAGAGAAUUAAUAGUUGCGGCGCACUCAGACUACAAAAAAUAUAACACAAAGAAGGCUACUAAAAUGCCUAUCUGAGAAUAAAUAUGGGCAUUUGGUUCCACCAUAUGGCCAUAUGUUGUUAAGCCCACCACUACUUACAAAGUACCCCAAUAUUGGUGGGUCCUACGCUAAAAUGUGGGGGACAAAUUAAAUAGUACUAGUGUUGUAAAUAACAAGUGUUAAAUUAAAUCCUGGUUAGAGCAUAGUGAGUAUACAAAAAUAAGUGAUAAAAGCAAUUAAAAACAGUGUUAAAACUAAACAAUUAAUGUGUUAGUGCUAAAAUGAGUAUAUUCACUAUUGCAGAUGAUAUCUGUGCUAACUGGAGAAAAUAAUAAAAGUGACCUGACUAUUGAAAAACUCCUCCUAUAUAUACACACACCUAUGGCCACCUUCAUGUAUGAAGUUUGGUCACUGCGGCAGCACCUUUCAUGCAAAAUGCAGGUCCCGGGAGUGCCCCCUAUCCUUUCUCUGUAUCAGGGGAUAUGUGUUUUAUGAGGUUCCCAUAUGUUUUCAGGGUGUUUUCAAAUAUGGGUACAAACUUGUAUUUUUCGUUUGGAGAUAAUUGAGAUGAUCCAGUAAUUAACUCGAUUAUCUCCCAAACAGAGGGGAGGGCUUGUGUACAGUAUCUGGGAGUGUUUAAGUGUAAAACUGUGUUUUUAUUGGAUUGUGAAUUUCAUGUCCUGUGCCCCACAAGGUCCACCUGGGUGGUAACCUUGUUGGGAAAACUAGUUAGAUUUUAGGAUAUUUUAGAGGAGAUGUGCUGGGGAUAAGGUAAUACAAGGAAUGUAAUGUAGGGGAGUACUUAGUACUUGUCAGAGAUGUAGGCUGGAGCAGAGUUAUGAAAAUCAUAAUAAAAUACUAUUUAUUGUUAUAUCUUAAUUGAGAACAGGGUAAAGCAGUGAAAAAGGUGAACGGGAACCAGUUAUCACGCAUAGCACCCAUGCUUUGUUAGUUGGAGAUGUAGCAAUGUAAUCAAGCAUUGGGGAAAGGUUAGUACAUGGGGAGAAUGUGUCAGGUGUUAUGACGAUUAGUUCUUUUAGAAAAGACAGCGUGCAGUUAGUGACAGAUGUAGGUAAGACUGAAAGAUAAAUCUGUGUAUCAUCUAACCUAAAGGUUGUAGCAGAAACCAGAAGAUGCUAUAAGUUUGUCCAUGGAAGUGGAUUGGAGGUUCAAUAACUGAUACUAUAUAUAAAUAUCAUACACAAGUAUGUUAGCAUUGUGUUCUCUUAUCACACAUCAUAUGUUCUAUGUAAGAGUUGUAUUUAGGCAGUAAGACAUUAUUUCCACACCCUAGGACGCUAACUGUAUUAACACUCGACACUGUGUGUCAACUGUGCAUAGACAAUAUUACUACCUCUAUCCAUUACAAGGGCAAGUUGUUCUAAUACCAUCAAUCUUUUAUACAAAUCUUUACUCCUUCCUGAUACUAUGCUUUAAUAAAUCAUACAGGGCCCCUGCUGAUGCUCGAGAAAACAUUAGAAAUCCUGAAGAUGCGGAGACCGGAGCCGAUGCAGAGGAGGGCAUUACUAACCCUGCUGCAGAAGAAGUGCCUGGAGAGUCUUCAAAUGGUAAACUUAUCAGUUAUUAUUCUCAAGCUGUAAAGUGAGUAGUAUGGAAAACACUCUUCAUCCUCAUGCUGUUGUGAGUCAUAUAAUACCCAUAUCAAUCCUUUUCCUAUAUGUCAUUACUAAGUGUAUUCCAGUAAAGCAAUCCGGUAAUAGUCAUGCCAUUUACAUUCCACCAGUAUAUUCCCACAUUCAAAAUGGUUCCACAACUCAAAUUCCACCCAGAUCAUAAACUAUCUAUGAUGACAACAUCUUUCUUAUUCUAAACAGGCCAUUCCAUAUAGCUCAUCCCAUAUGUGUUCAGAUUAUUCAGAUUUUCCUUGUUCAACCUGUUCCAUCCAGCAACCUCAAUGUUAUAACUGUUCUUAUUUCACCCGUACCAUCAUGUAUCCUUCAUGCUAUAACUGUUCUUAUUUCACCCGCACCAUCAUGUAUCCUUCAUGCUAUAACUGUUCUUAUUCCACCCGUACCAUCAUGUAUCCUUCAUGCUAUAACUGUUCUUAUUCCACCCGUACCAUCAUGUAUCCUUCAUGCUAUAACUGUUCUUAUUCCACCCGUACCAUCAUGUAUCCUUCAUGCUAUAACUGUUCUUAUUCCACCCGUACCAUCAUGUAUCCUUCAUGCUAUAACUGUUCUUAUUCCACCCGUACCAUCAUGUAUCCUUCAUGCUAUAACUGUUCUUAUUCCACCCGUACCAUCAUGUAUCCUUCAUGCUAUAACUGUUCUUAUUCCACCCGUACCAUCAUGUAUCCUUCAUGCUAUAACUGUUCUUAUUCCACCAUGCUGUCCUGUAUCUUCAAUGUUAUAACCAGGGACGUAUUAGCCGCGAGGCAAACAAGGCAUUUGCCUUGGCGGCAUUUUCCAGGGCAGAAAAAAAAGCUGCCCCCAAAUGCCAUGGCAAAUGUCUUGUUAGCCUUGCGGCUACAGUUCAGGCAGGCGGUUAGGUAAAAAUCCGUGCAGGCGGCGCUGGCGAGGGAGCUGAGCAGAGAGCCAGGGGAAAGUGAUCCCUCGCCAGCGCCGCCGCAUGGAUUUUACUAGCUGUCCGCCUGUUGACAGCAGGAUGUGAGCCGAAUAUGACGCAUCUUCCGCUCCCAGUAUCACUUGGUGGUGCGCCAGCAGCCACUGGAUUUCCAGCAUUCCCAAAGGUAAGGAGGCUGGGGGGGUUAAAUUUUUAAAAGAAAAAGUGAGUGUGUUAAUGUUUGCGUGUGUGUGUGUAUUAGUGAGUGAGUGUGUCUGUUAGUGUGUGUGUCUGUUAGUGUGUGUGUGUGUAUCUGUUAGUGUGUGUAACUGUUAGUGUGUGUGUGUGUGUCUGCUAGUGUGUGUGUGUCUGUUAGUGAGUGUGUGUGUGUGUGUGUGUGUGUGUCUGUUAGUGAGUGUGUGUGUGUCUGUUAGUGUGUGUGUGUGUCUGUUAGUGAAUGUGUGUCUGUUAGUGUGUGUGUCUGUUAGUGAGUGUGUCUGUUAGUGAGUGUGUGUGUGUCUGUUAGUAAGUGUAUGUCAGGGAGUGUGUCUUUUAGGGAGUGUGUUACUAUGUGUGUGUCUGUUAGUUUGUGUGUGUCUGUUAGUGAGAGUGUAUGUGUCUGUUAGUGAAUAUGUGUGUCUGCUAGUGACUGUAUGUGUCUGUUAGUGAGUGUGUAUGUCUGUUAGUGAGUGUGUAUAUCUGUUAGCUAGUGUAUGCGUGUCUGUCACUGAAUGUGUGUGUAUUUAGAAGGCGGGGAAGGGGAGGUGGUGCGGAGGCUUGAGUUUUGGCAUACCUAGGGCAGCACAAAACCAGGAUACACCACUGGUUACAACUAUUCUUAUUCCACCUGUGCAAACCAGUAUCCUCCAUACUUUAACCAUUCUUAUUCCACCCGUACCAUCCUGUAACCUCCAUGCUAAAACAAUUCUUAUUCAACCCAUCUCAUCCUGUAUCCUCCAUGUUAUAACUGUUCUUAUUCUACGUGUCAUCCUGUAUCCUCAAUGUUAUAACUAUUCUUAUUCCACUGGUGCCAUCCUGUAUCCUUCAUGCUAUAACUGUUCCCAUUUCACCCAUGCUAUCCUGUAUCCUUCAUGCUACAACUGUUUUUAUUCCACCAUCCCAUCCUGUAUCCUCAAUGUUUUAACUAUUCUUUUUCCACCAGUGCCAUUCUGUAUCCUCCAUACUAUAACUGUUUUUAUUCCACCAUCCCAUCCUGUAUCCUUAAUGUUUUAACUAUUCUUAUUCCACCCGUGCCAUUCUGUAUCCACCAUACUAUAACUGUUUUUAUUCCACCAUCCCAUCCUGUAUCCUCAAUGUUUUAACUAUUCUUAUUCCACCCGUGCCAUUCUGUAUCCUCCAUACUAUAACUGUUUUUAUUCCACCAUCCCAUCCUGUAUCCUUAAUGUUUUAACUAUUCUUAUUCCACCCGUGCCAUUCUGUAUCCUCUAUACUAUAACUGUUCUUAUUUCACCAGUACCAUCCUGUAGCCUCCAUGCUUAAACAAUUCUUAUUCAACCCAUGCCAUUCUGUAUCCUUCAUGCUACAACUGUUUUUAUUCCAUCAUGUCAUCCUGUAUCCUCAAUGCUAUAACUGUUCUUACUCCCCCUGUGCUGUUCUGUAUUCUUCAUGCUAUAACUAUUCUUACUCCCCCCGUGCUGUUAUGUAACCUCCAUGUUAUAACUGCUCUUAUUCCCCGUGAGCCAUCCUGUAACCUUAAUGCUAUAACUGUUCUCAUUCCAUCAGUAUCAUGGUGUAUCUUCCAUGUCAUAACUGUUCUUAUUCCGCUCAUACCAUCUUGUAUCUUCUAUGCUAUAACUGUUAUUAUUCCACCUGUGUCUUUCCUCUACCAAAUCAUUGCCAUGUAGAUGAUUAACCCCUUCCCAACCACGGACGUAUCAGGUACGUCUGGCAAAAAACGGUCCAUAAUGACCUUGGACGUACCUGGUACAUCGGCAGCUAUUUUGAGCGCUGGAAGCUCUGAUACUAUUGCAGUGAUGCUCUGCAUGUUCUGAGUGCCUCGAGGGGUCCUAGCACUCAGUGUAUAUAUAAUAAUAUAUAUAAAAAAAUAAAUAUAAAAUAAAUAAAAUGAUCAAUAUUAACCCCCCCUCCCUUUCUAAAGGCAGUGAAUCAUGGGGCUUCUGGGGGUGUCCCUAGCAUGCCUCAUCAUAAGGGGCAGGCUGGGGUCAUCCAAUCACAGCUUGCCCAUUAGCAAUUUCAUCCCAAGUGUGUUCCCCAUUUCUCUGAUUAGUGUGGAUCUGCCUCCCUCUCUUCACUUGUGUUUUAGUGAGAGAGGGAGAGAGAUCUGUGGUUUAGCUAGAGAGAUUUAGGUAUUUCUAGGUAGGGAUUUGUAAACUCUUGAGACCCAAAAGCUCUUUUCAGAACGAUUAACCCCUGGCCUGCCAGUGAUCACUGUAUAGAUCACGGGCUCUUGCUCAGCAGCACUUAUUUUGCUGUCUGUUCAUUUUUUUACGGGUUAAUUUUUUUGUCUUUUUUUUUGUGACAGGUCACUAUGUAACGUGAUUGUGAUCAUGUCACAUGGGUCACGGAAGUCAACCAGCGCUGAGCAGUCAUAUGCCACCCUUGCACUAGAGUCUGACGCGUCUUUGUCAGACUCUGACCCUGAUUUUGACCCAGCCAGGUGCUCAGACACAUCAUCACUAGAUACAGUGUCUGCUGCUAGUGAUGUAUCUAGUGAUGUUGUAUCUGUGCCUGCUAGUCCCCCUGCCAGAAGGAGACGUGCUGCUCCAGCUGGCAGAACUGCUGAGGAGUGGGUAGUGCCUCAUCGCCAGAAGCCAGACAUCCCAUCCUUUACUGCAAAUCCUGGCAUUAAUUUGGAUGUCACAGGAUUUAUCCCUCAGCAGUUUAUGGAGGUGUUUCUGGGCGAUUAUGUAUUGGGGAACAUUGUCGCCCAAACUAAUUUAUAUGCCCAUCAAUUCCGAGCUACAAAUCCUGACUCUUUUUUGGCAGAGCAGCAAUGGACCCCCAUCGAUGUUGCAGAAUUUAAAAGAUUCUGGGCAUUGACUAUGCUGAUGGGCAUCAUAAAGAAGCCCUCCUUCCGCUCCUACUGGAGCAGUAGCCCCAUCUGCUCUACCCCCAUUUACUCCCAAUGUAUGUCGAGGAAGAGGUAUGAAAUGAUUCUGCAUUUCAUGCACUUCCGCAACAACAGCCUGUGUCCCCCUAGGGAGCCUCCCCAGUUUGACUGGCUGUAUAAAAUCCGCCCCUGAUUACCCACUUCGCUGCCAGGUUUGCAGAGGCUUAUACACCUGGAAGGAAUAUAUGCAGAGAUGAAUCCCUGAUGAAGUAUAAUGGAAGUCUGGGAUUUAAGCAGUAUGUUCCUUCCAAGCGCUCUAGGUAUGGUGUAAAGAAGUAUAAGCUCUGUGAUAGCAAGACUGGGUAUACUCAGGCCUUCCGGGUGUAAGAGGGAAAGGAUAGCCACCUUGACCCUCCAGGGUGCCCAGAACAUAUGGGAACCAGUGGCAAGAUUGUCCAGGACCUGAUAUUCCCCCUGAUGAACAAAGGGUACCACUUGUAUACUGUCAAUUUUUAUACAAGUGUCCCUUUGUUCAAGCUACCGUACUGUUUGAUACAGUAGCUUGUGGCACAAUCAAAAAGAACAGGACAGGUUUCCCAGGACAACUUGCAUGCACCUGGCUACGAAGGGGGGAGACCUCAGCUCUGCGCCAAGAGGAGCUGUUGGCAGUUAAGUACAGAGACAAGAAGGAUGUGUACCUUCUUACCACCAUCCACACUGAGGGGACUGUGGAGGUCCCUGUACGUGGCAGAGCUGAGAGAACAAGGAAGCCAGUGUGCAUCAAGGCCUAUAACCAGCAUAUGGGUGGGGUUGAUCUGGCAGAUCAGCUGCUCCAGCCGUACCUAAUUAUACGAAAGACAAGGGCCUGGUACAAAAAGGUUGCAAUCUACCUAAUGCAGAUUGCAACCCACAACGCUUUCUUGUUGUUCAUAAAAGAAAACCCCGGGAUGCAACUGAGAGUUUUACAGUUUCAGCUCCAGAUCAUUUCGGGGAUUUUGUACCGUGAUGCACCUGCUCCCCAGGCGGUGAUGGGAGAGAGCAGAGUUGGGGCUACACAUUUUAUUUUUAAAAUUCCCCCUACUGCGGCAAAGCAAAAUCCCCAAAAAAGAUGCAGGGUCUGUUCUAAGAGGGGGCAGAGAAAAGAUAGUGUAUAUUACUGUCCUGAUUGCCCUGGACAGCCUGGACUCUGCAUUGGAGACUGCUUCAAACGAUACCACACGCUGGUCCAUUUUUAAUUUAUUUUUUAACAUUUGCCGUUCAGUUUUUUUUGGUGUCUUUUUUCUUUUCUUUUUUUUUGGUUUUGUUACAUUUACCCCAUGCAUGGGGGGCAUGGGUGUCCUUAGGAGGCCUUGCAGAAAACAACCUUGGGUGUUUUCUUGCAAUAACCAACAACGGGCUCUCCUAAAUCACAGUCAAAAAGCAGUGUGCGUGUGUAAAAAUGAGGAUUGAACAGUUACCUCCACACACAUUCUUCAACUUUUUUAUUUUUUGUCUGGCUAAAAAAAAGUUGCAUCAAAGCACUCCACAUGCAAUUCCUUGGGGUGUCUACAUUUUAAGUAUGUACCCUUUCAUGGCGAUAUAUAAAACUGGGGUAUGUGAUUAGCCCCAAGCUAAAGGUAGGCCUAUCAGAAGAAAUACUCUCAAUUUAAACUCAAAUUGCAAGUCAUACAAUUGUAACCGUACCUUCCCAAAAUCCUGGCAAACGUAUGCAUGGGGGGCAUGGGUGUCCUAUGGAGGCCUUGCAGAAAACAACCUGGGGUGUUUUCUUGCAAUAACCAACAACGGGCUCUCCUAAAUCACAGUCAAAAAGCAGUGUGCGUGUGUAAAAAUGAGAAUUGAACAGUUACCUCCACAGAUGUUCUUCAACUUUUUUUGACUAAAAUUAUUGCAUCUAAGGCAUCAAAACACUCCAUAUACAAUACUGUCAACUUUUCAAAUAUAUGCACGGUCAUGGCAAGAAAAUACAUUGGGAUAUCUGAUAAGGCCCCCAAAAGGAAGAUAGGAAAACAAGAUAUGUCAAAUUUGAAAAACGCAUAUCAGACAUUUUGCUUUGCACCCCCCAGAGAACCCGACACACCUAUGCAUGGGUGGUAUCGCUGUACUAGGGAGAUGUUGCCGAGCACAUAUUGAGGUGUCCUUUGGCAGUAACUCCUAACAUGAGCUGAGAAUCUAUGCCCAAAGUAGAAUGUGUGAGUGAAAAAUAACACCACAAAAAUGUUUGACAGAGACUGAUGGUAGAAUUAGUGCAUGUAAAGUGUUGAAAUGCCACCAUGUGAAAUGCCCUAUGGUGUGUACUUUUCAAAAACAUACGGUCUGACGGAGGUGAAUUACAUUGGCCGGCUUCAGAAAUGUUCCAACUGGGACAUGGGUGCAUGAUGGCCAGCUGUGUUUUAUUUUUCCAUUUUUCAUCAUAUUUUACUUUUUUUUUUUCUAGUAAAUUAUAUGAUAUGAUGAAAAUAAUGGUAUCUUUAGAAUGAACAUUUAAUAGCGAGAAAAAUGGUAUUUAAUAUGUAUGGGUACAGUAAAUGUGUAAGAGGCAAAUUCCAUCUAAACACAACCACUGCAGAAAUGUAAAAAGAGCCCUGGUCCGUAACGGUAAUAAAAUUGAAAAAUGGCCUGGUCAGUAAGGGGUUAAACAGAACAUAAGAGGCAUAUGUUACAGCCAUCCCCUUGCACACAUAACUGACAUCGCAGUCAAAAAUAAAACCUUAUGCCAUCGCACAAAGAACUGAGACAAUUAACGUCAAGCGUUGUUUAGUACGUUACAUAAUCAUGUAUUAAUAUAUGUACAUGUGUAUAAUUAUGUGUUUCUGUAUUUUGUUUAGUGUGUAAAUAAUGUUUCCUUUAUUAUUACUAUCUGUAUUUUAGCUGUCAGUGAACCCACCCCUAACAGUGAUGCAGAUAUAAUCCUGACCCAAAUGCCAGUGUCCGAACAGCCUGGAGAUGAUCCAGUCAAUGUUACAAUUACAGUUACCACAACACCUUAG